AAUAUAGGGGACUUGACGCUUACAGGGUGAGGGGGGAGGAGACGAAGAAGGCAGGGACAAAAGAAGAAAGCAAGGAUAGUGAGGAGAGAAAAAAGAAAGGGAGGGAGGGAGGGGAGCAGAUAUCAUCAGAGUGCGCAGGCUCUGUGUGUGCCGUGCUGCUGUCUAUUGAUUGGAAAACAACGGGCUUUGGGAGGACGCAUCAGGGAGGCUGUGAGCUAACUGGUGAGGGAAGGGAUACACAACCAAAGCUCGGACCACCCGGCCAUUUUUACCUCCCUUGUCUUUUCUUUAUCCCCUUCAUAUCAGGGAUGAAUGUCCUGCUCAUCACUGCGUUUCUCAUCUGAGGAAACAGAUUCUUUGUGUUUGAGAAGAUCCUGAACAAAGGUGCCUCAAAUCUACUGCAGGUAAUCUGUUUUCUCUCUUAACCAUCCUGCUGCUUCCUCUCUUCCAGAUCCUCCCUGUGUAUCUGUACAUUAUCCUCCUCCAUCCUUGCUUUGUAACCAUGGUUUCCUCCUUCUACCACUCCUCACUGCUCAUCUUCCUCCCCCACUCUCCCCUUUUCUCUCUGUAAUGAGAUGAUUGUGUGGACCUACUUGAUUUCCAUCCCUGACACUGCCACCUUGAAAAUAAUCAAACUGCUGUCCAUUUUAAAAACUGCUUUUUACAUUUAAAUGUCAUCAAUUCCUCAAAGUAGGAGAAGAAAUGCCUCAAAAAUCAGCACUCAUUGGUGCUGUGGUUGUGUCUGUCCCUCCCACUGUAAAACAGGGUGUCUCCAUUGCAUUAAAUGACCUCUGAAGCGCUCCUCUGAUUGGCUCUUUUUAUACCUGCAAGCUUCAAAGUAGAGGUGUCCCGAUACAGCUUUUUUAACUUCUGAUACGAUACCGAUAUUGUAGCUGUCAGUACUGGCAUUUUAAUUACCAUAGAUUGCUUAAUUUUAAACUGAUUUCCGUUCAACAUUUCUGACCACACCACACCACACAUCAGCUAAUGUGUUAGCCUGCUACAUUUGAGGCAAUGUACUUUAUGCUUCUAACGUUGGCUAACCAUAAGCUUGCUCACCUACAUAUGGAUUCCUGAAGGCAGCUAGAUUGAGGUGUCUACAGCCUGGAAUGGAUUGCUUGUAUCAGAGUGCUGAUAUUGAAAAUUUUAGAUACAGGCUGAUAAAAUUCAAUAUUCUUUAUUAUGCUGAUAUCGGACGAAUAUCAAUAUCUGAUUGGGACAUCCCUACUUCAAAGCACAUGACAGCACCAGUACUUACUGUGUGAAGGUCUCAAACAGCUGACACAGAUCCUAAACAAAUAGCAUGCAGACGCUGAGUACACCGUCUACAUCGAUACUCUCUUCCUGGACGCUUUUUAUAUGAGGACAUAUUCCAGUGUUUUCCAGGCAGUAUCAGAGAAGCUCCAACUGAGGUGGUGUUACAGGAAAUAAUAUUUUGUGAUUUCUUAUCCUGACAAAUUUUAAGCAUGAGUUCAUUGGCAAAGAGUCCCUAGGGCAAGGUUAGAUUCUUCUGCUCAUGUCCCUUCUUAAACAGGGCAUAUUACAUUAAUCAGACCUUCUGAUAGAUGCUGUCUCACUGUCAUAUAAAGAGGGAUAUUUAUUUCUCUGCUGCUCAGAUUAAGUCAAUUCUGAUCCUUUAUUUCUGCAGUGGAAUUAGAAACAAGACGCACUUAUAAUACAGAAAACAUCAGCGCAGGGUGGACAGCACUAACAGGGGAGCAGAAAAACGUCCUGUAAAAACACAACAUCCGGCAGCUGAAAGAGCAGCACUUUGCUGAGUGCUGGUAAGACCAGCAAGGGGGAGAAGGGUUGCUUCAGCCUCACUCACUCACUCCAGGCCAAGCCCUGCUGCACACAGGAUGAAAUCCAGCCCUCACUUCUGUAAUUACACUGCGUCAGACAACCUGACCACAGACCAACUUUUCUUAAAGUCUGAGUGCAGCAUUAAAUCCGACACGGAGCAAUGCUGUAUCUUCCUGUAGAUUUACAUUCUCUUAUGUCUGCUCAUUUAUAAGUUAACGUUUCAUUUCAGCAUACAAAUUAUUACAGUCCAUGUAAAGCCCUUUAAAUUUAAUCUUCUGGUUUCUUUCAGUGUAAGUCAUUGUCCUUUUUGAUCAUUCAGUUAUUGUCAUUAUCAUCAUUAUCAUUCAAAAUACACCAGUAUGGAUGAUAACAGUCCUAACAAAAGAGGAAAUGUUGAUAUUGUGCCAUACAUAACCAUAUAAUUACACCAUGAGUUCAUUUAAGUCCUAGAUGAACUCAUGGUAGACAAAGGAGAAGCAGCAGCUGCUAGUGAGCUAGCAGCAGCUGCUCUUUUAGUAAUGACAAAAAGUUUCAGCUAUGUUCUCUUCCCAAAGACAAAGUCACCAGGAACAGUGAGAAAUUUUCAAGUUCCAGGGACAACACACACAAGGGUAUGGGGGACCAAAAAUGGCAUAAUUAAAAAUGAUUAAAUGGAUUAAUAAAUAAAUCCAGAAAUAAAUAUGUUAAUAAAUAAAUAAAUGCAGAAGUGAAUACAACAAUAAAUAAAUAAAUGCUUGUAUUUUAAGUUGCUUACUUGCGCUGUUGGCCAAUGGAGACCAACGUCCGCGCAUGGCGGCCAUUUUGCUACGGGACACUUGCCCACUCAUAACAUCACAGUCUACGGUGCAUGUAGCAUUUAAAUAACCAUAGAUUGCUUAAUUUUAAACUGAUUUCCGUUCAACAUUUCUGACCACACCACACCACACAUCAGCUAACAUGUUGGCCUGCUACAUUUCAGGCAAUGUACUUUAUGCUUCUAAUGUUGGCUAACCAUUAGCUUGCUCACCUACCAAUCAAUUCCUGGAGGCAGAAGCUGGUACACAACAAUGCUUCACAAACUUACAUCUUCACAACAAAAUGAGGGUCUUUCUAAUAAUAGCAAGUCAUCUAUAUGGUAAAGCAAUAGCGGGAAUGUAACAAACCUUGCUUUGUACGUCUCCUCGCUUCCUUCUACCCAAUGUGUUGGGUUGUCCAACAUAACAGUGUUUAUGUUCCCACUAUGAAUAACCUUUUGAAUUGGGUACUCAGAAUACCCGAAUCCAUGAAAAUAACCCAAAUAAAUUGACCGACAGGCCCAACCUAGUAGUAGGGUUGAAAAAACAACCCAGCAUUAUUUUGUGUGUAUAUUCAUGUUUUUCUGCAUUAAGUUAUGUAUCAUUGCAUUUCCACAUUAAUUUAUGUAUACUUUUAUCUAUUUAUGUAUUUCCACAUUUCCACAUUUAUUUAUUUACACAUCCCUGUGGCCAUUUUGUCAGUGGAAACGUAUACAUGUAAAUUAAGUGGGCGGUCCUUACUCCACUCCGAAGCAGGAUUAAUUACAUAGAUGUGAUCGGCCCUAGGCCUACAACUGCUGCUUUGACUUGACUACAAUGCCUUGCGUGAAUUAUGGGCGUUUUCUGGUGCCUUCUGUAAAUGGACAGGGAGCUGGCAUUUUCCACAGUAUUUGUAAGCUAACCGUGGUUAUUAGAGCAAUUCAGGCUGAAAACAAUUUAAGAACAUUAUCUGUCAUCAUAAACAGGACAAUGUUAUCAUUCACCCCUCUCUAUCGAGGGGUUGGAGGACGAUAUAAAGAAAUGGCUUCAAGUAAUGUAUGCUAGCAUUUAGCUGGUAUGUUAGCACCAUUGCUGUAGACAGGGAGGCUGGGUUAAUCAGUUCUUACAUAGUUACAAGGUCAGUUGCAUUUUGUUAACAGAGGUUGGACACUAUCUUAUAAACUUAAAAGCAGAUGUAGAGCCGAGUCAGAGCCUCAAUGUCCCACAUCCCCACAUCACUGUGCCUGGUUUUGAGUGUCAGCUCCAGGGAUAUGCACAGCUUCUCAUGUAUGGCAGGACCAGGACAAUUCUGUGGAUUAGCAUGUUUUCAACAAAUUAAUCACAGUGGCCGUUUUUUUUUCGUUCUCUCUUUUUUCUCAGUCCUCCUUUUUUAUUGUUAUUUUUAUUGUUAUAAUGAUAAUAAAAAUAAUAAUAAUAAUAAUAAUAAUAAUAAUAAUAAUAAUAAUAAUAAUUAUUAUUAUUAUUAUUAUUAUUAUUAUUAUUAUCAUUAUUACUUUUUUACAUCUCUUAUUUAGCUGCAUAUAUAGAUUAGAAAGUGUGUGUAUGUGGAGGAGGUGUCUUUGGAUUGUUUCCCUUUUCUUUUUACACACAGCACUUUGCGUUUCAUUAGCGUUGUAAGAAAAGUGCUUCAUUAAUUGAGUCUGAUUCCAAGCAAACACUGUCAGAAGGCAGAUGAUAGAAAUAUGAACAAGGGUCACAGGAGCACUCCCUCUUUGUUUUGGGUGCCUCUUAACCCAUACAUUCUACUUUCUCUGGUUGUCAGUACAACCACAGAUGACUCAACACAUACCAGAACUACAUAACGACAUAAUAAUACAAAAUAUACAAUAUAUAUAUAUAUAUAUAUUUAAAUUAUGUCAUUUUUUUGUCUAUCAUACAAUGUAGCUUUAUGUGCUCUUCUCUCCAUUGAGAUCUUUAUCAGUGUGCCAUAGAAACCUGGUGACUUGACUUGCACAGACAUUGCACUGCCAACCAGUGUUUAGGCUGAAAACUGCAGCACAACACACCCCAUUCAACACAAGGAUAUGAUUCUCAUCCGUCAGCAACAACUGCAUAGUUUUCAAUGCACUCAUCAAUAUUUUACACUGAAAAAAAAUCAAUGUUUUUUUAGGAGCCUCUCACAGUCACAGGCCCCUGUACUUGCCCUAAUUUUCCUCUUUUGCAGAACCUCUGUAUGUGUACCAGUACUCUCCUCUUUUCUAUGUUGAUGGGCUUCAGAGCCUGACCAAUUAGUACAUGCUAAAUGUGUGUAUAUUUCUGUCAAAUCGGACCUUGAUUUAUCGGAUGAACAUCCGAUCAUGUUGUCCUGAUUGGGAUGUAAAUUAGAGAACGAGGCAUAAACUCAGAGGGGAAAAUGUAUACUGAGGGAAUGAAUCAAAUGAGUCAGAACAUUUUCUCGGUGAGUUUUUUAUCUCUCUAAUAAAAUGUUGUUUUUUAAAGUGGCCCCUUUCUAGUUAUGACUUAAAAUAAUGCACUUCUAAGCUGACUUUACCCUUCAGACCGGAGGCUAUAUCCAGCGUAAGUAAAUAGUCCAAAAUCAAAAGUUUUCUGUGAACAUCUUUGCAGAAAGAAACUCCUCUCAUGAUGGUUUAACUCUAAAGGUCCUUACACACCAGCGAAUUUGUAGAGUGAAGCGAAAAAGCGAGACAAAAAUGUGAAAAUAUUUGCCGGUCCGAAAAAUCGCUUUUGCCUAUACAAACCGGGCGCGAAGCGAAUAUGCGUAUAAAUUUUGCAAAGCGAAGUUAUACCCCACGAAAUUCCGUCAGUGUUUUAGAAUGUCCCUCAGGCAAUUUAACGACCUCCUCCAGCAGCUGACGCCAUGGCUGGAGAAGCAGACAACUAACUAUAGAGAGCCAAUUGGUCCAGAGGAGUGGCUAGCCAAAUGUCUGAGGUAAGAUUAAAAUAAUAGGCAAUAUUCUAUAUGAAUGAGACAAAGUCCCGUUUUCUUGAAAGCUCCGGGCCCCCAGCCCCGUUAUAAUGUUUAUAAGCACAUAAUAGCUCAUCUAUAGAUCACUCGUCUCCAAGAGGAGCUGGAUGGGUUUGCCGUAGCGUGCUUGAUAAAUGAAUAUCAUCAACAACAUGACUUUUGAUUGGCCAGAGGGCUAGCAGGUCCAGAUAUUCGCCUGCGAAUCUCCGAAAAAUUUGACACAAGAGCGAAAAAAUAAAAGACGCUUUUCGCCCCGCGGAAAUAUCGCAGCCGGUGUGGAAGCUUGCAUUGAUUUUAUGCUGUUUUAAAAAAAGGCAAAUAAUUUGCCUGGCGAAUUCGCGCCUGGUGUGUAAGGACCUUAAGAAGGCAGAUUUUCUGCACAAACUGUCCCAAAUGUUAAUUGUCCUCAGGAAACUCCACACUGUCGUCCCUUUCUAAAACACAUUUCUACUGCCAAAUGAUAAAAUACACAUGCAUGCUUAUAUACUCUUUUGGCUGUUUUUUUCAAGUGCUCCCCUAAAAUCUUUACUAAACACAAAUGACUAUUACAGUUGUGUCUUUGUGCAGAAAAUUAGAAAAAGAUUAUUGAGGAAAGCUAAUACACAGUGUUUGCAUUGUGGCUGGGAGAUGAGUCCAUCUGUCUGAAUCUUCACAAUAAUUAAACGACAGUAUUAUUAUUACUAUACUAUAUACAAAUGUUUUUACAAUUUCUCAUCCUAGAAUAUUGAAAAUCUCUUUACUUCAAUCCUGGUAGACUCAUGUAAUUAACUACCAAAAAAGAAACUGGUUUAAGUCCCUCAGGGACCUGGUCCCCUUCUGGCACAUCUACCUCCAUCUCGCUUUGUCUAGACACUAUGGAGUCUCUCCAUAUGAGGUGAGACAGGAGUGAUUUAGAAAACGCCAAGUAAAUCCUUCUGGGAAUUCAUUAAGUGAAACAGACGGGCCAUGGACUUUGGUGGUUGGGGUUGUAGCGAUUUGAAUUUAGAAUAAAUGUCCAAAAUUAAUAAAAUUAAAUUAUGACAUUUAUGCACUCGUUGAAGGGGCACCACCCACCUUUCUGGUGGGAAAAAAAAGACGAAACAAAGUUCAAUUGAGUAAUCAAACAUUGAAUCAGUCUUAAACAGAUUUAAAUCAAUCUCUCAUCUGAGGCCAGAAUUCUCCAUUCAGGGACUCUACUUUCUGGAAGGACCACUAAGAGACGACAACUUAAAAUUAAAUGGACAAUUUAUUAACAAGCUAUAUGAUAACAAAACUUCAAUAAAUGAUGAUCAAAUAAUGAGAAAAUCAAAGAACAUCUAAUGAAUAAAUAAAGGAAUGGUUUGAACCGAACCUAUGACUGGAGGUUAAUGAUAGUGAGUGAAUAAGAGAAAAUUUAACCUACGUUAACAGAGUUACGAGGGUAAAUUUUAAAGAGGAAUUUUGGAGAACUAAACUAUAACUAGGAAAAUAAGCUACUGAACGCUUGACGGCAUCACCCAGUUGAUACAGCAGUUUCGAGGAGUUUGCCUACUUUGGAUGUCGGUUCUCAGCGGCACUCUUGGAGUGGAUCAGCUGAAGUUCUGUGGCUACCGGACCGGAUGCUGAAGGUUCGGCGGGGAGUUCUCCGCCGUGAAUGGUCUCAGGCUUCAGGACCAUGUCAGCGCCGUUAGAUACUUCAGUUCUCUUGGCCUCUCGGAACCAGGUGGCAAACGCAGCUCGGCAGAUGAUGCUGGUCGGUCCUCCGGGCACUCAGGAUUAGCUUUAUUGCAAAUUAAUUUGCGCCAAUAACUUAAGAAAAUAAUUUGGCUGGCCAGCCGAUAUUAUCUUCAGGAGUCACUUUAGCGAACUUAAAAUAAAAUAAAAGGCUUAGACUGAGGUUCUCUAUGCGCGCAGCUAAUUACUGAUGCUUUAAAGAAACUUGGGCAUGGUUUCAUCCAAGUUUCUGGAAAAGUCUGAUCUUAAGGCAAAUAAUAAAAACGUGGAGAAUAAUUACAAGACGAUGAACGGAGACAAAAGAACAAGACAAGAAAGAACUCAAGAACGAAGAAGAACGAAGAAGCAAAGAAGCCAAGGGCGACAAAAGCUCAAUUCUUUUAAGCAGUUCACGUGGGGCAUAAACCAAAAGGGGGGGGGGGACACUUAUGCAAUCGUUGUUCCCCAUGCGGCCCGUUGACUGGCAGCGAAUUAAUUUAACUUGAUAUUAAAAGCGAGCUAGAUCUAAUUUACUCACUCACUAUGAUUAAAACCGUUUAUAACAUCACAUACGAUCACGUUUCACUUCAUUGUUUCUUAUGAGCAGAUGCAUUAAAACAUAACAUUUAACAAAAAGUAAACUUUGAUCAGCCGUUUUCUUGAUAAUAACAGAGGAUUAACGACUUUUUCAAAGUUAGAGAGGGACAGAAAACCAGAUUAUCUAUUCGACCAGAAACACCAUCCAGCAUAAGAAACACAUACGUGAUGAUACUUUAUAACAAUAUAACCUUGUCAAUCGAUACUUCAUAAAUGAUUAACAUAUAUACUCGGGUGAGGUAGAUAAAAACAUAGUAUUUAUACAUUCAAAAACUCUUAACUUGAGAAUAAAAGAGUUUCUCGUUACUACUUCUAAAAUUGCUAAACUAUCUUGGGAAUACUAUUUACUAAGCUACGAAGUAUAUAAAAAAAGAAGAAAUGCACAUAAUUAAAUUCACUGAAUACACAUUUGGUUCUGACCAAACCAUAUUCAGACAACACCACUAGGAGGAGCUCUUGGUCCAUGGAAAACCUGGAAUAAAUUUGUGAAGUUAACAGUUUGGCUUGUAGACAUGCUAGACAAAUGGGAAAAAGACUGUUUCAUUGAUGAUGUGGUGUACAGAUAGAAAAUCCUGGUGAAGUAUCCAUUAAACCUGAAGUUAAACUAUUUUCAGUCAUUCUCUUCCUCCUGCACCUUAGAGAGAGUCACAGAAAAACACAGUCAUUCAAAGAAUUCAUGGUAGGGGUCUGUUCCAGGGAUUGGCGCCAAAAUGCAGCCUUGGAGAGUGUUCUCGUGCUCUUUUUGGGGUCACUCCUUAAACUGAGGUGUCAACUAUGAGCUUUUCCAGCCAAGGUGAGAGGCCCAAUGUUUAUUCGGUCUGGGGGUCCUGUGGUUGAUAUGCAACUCGUCUCUUUGAAGCGUGAAGAUUCACUAUCAACCUUUUGGGAAGAGGCCCCCCUUUGGUUCUGUCCUGGAUCGUAAACGGCCACAAGUUAAGUGUGAAACGUUACCCCCAUUUCUUCUCCUAAUCAGGGAAGCCUGCAUUCCUUUGAGUGGGUGAAUUAAAGAUGGACAAAGCAGAAAGCAGUCGUCUUGUUACAGGGUGUUUGGGGCACGACCCAACCUCUGGAGUUGGAAUUAAGUUGAUGUGGAAAUGCCAAAAACUGCAGUCCCACGAGUGCUGAUUCCAUAGCUGUAAUAAACAUAUUUACUGCCUGUUUGAAAAAUGGUUUGAGUACCAGUGGCUUAUGUCCUGAUCUACCUUCCCUGAUUUGGGAAUUUUUUUUCCAUUUGUAAGAGUACUGCACUAUUUCCAUGAGUUGGGACACAUAGAAAAGACAACAUGUCAAAUAUUGAAACUGAAAUGUUAUCAUGUUUUAUUCAAACUUUAUAUACAGUAUAUUUAAUUUGAUGCAAGCAAAAGUAAAAGUAGUAGUACCAGGCUCAUGUUUCUCAUUGCCUUGCAUUAGCUCCUCUUUUACCAACACUCAAUAAACAUUGGUGAACCCAGGAGACCAGAUUCUGGAAUUCAUAAAGAGAAAUGUGGUCGAAUUAUUGUCCGAUUAAGGAUUUCCGCUGAUUUCAGUUCAUCAGCAGGAUUCUUCGACUACAGUACAAUGCUAUUGUAAUCCCUGUUGUCAGAAUGUGGUUUGUCAUUGUCUUGCUGAAACAUGAAGGUCUUCCUUGAAAAAGUAAUUAUCUGGAUGGCAGCAGAUGUUGCUCCUAAACCUGUAGAUACUGUUCUGCAUUAGUGGGGCCUUCACAGAUGUGAAAGAUAACCAUGAUCUGAAAUGAAAUGCCAGUUCAUUGUCUGUAAAGAUGUUUGUAUAUGUGGGGGGGUUAAUCCAUGCUCUCAAUGCAAUCACUCAGUGCGUUUACAUGCACAGCUUAAUCAGACUAAGCUCAUAAUUAUUGAUGUGAAUGUGGCGCUGUAUCCAGACCUUUUUUUAAGAUGUCUCCAUUCCUCGUUCUGUGUUCGUUUCUGUCAGGACGGAAAGCAUAACAGCACUCUCCUCAUUGUUACAAAAGUGGACAUUCGUACAUGCUUCAGCCAUGUUGCAGUUGCUUCUGAUUUUUGCAAUGAUAGUGCCACUUCUUCUCUGGUGUUUUUGUUCCAGGUUACGGCGAUGCAUACAUACAUUGUCCGAUCAUACUCUGACUACACUGGUUACAUGGUAGAGAAAAUCAAAUUCCAAUCACAUUAUCUGGGUGUCUUAAUCUGAGUUCUCUGACUCCAAUGGAAUUCUCAAACUCUGAUUGGUUUACAUGCACUUUAGUUGUUUGGUCUUAGUCGGAGUAAGGCAAUAAUUCGUUUUUCUCGAGUGUCAUGUAAACGUACUGAUUGUGUUGAAAGUUGUAGCAUUAUGAGAGGUUCCUAAGACAGGUUAGAUGUGGAACAGUGUAAAUUAACCCAAAAACAGUCAAGUCAAGUUCCUAAGAAAGGUGGGAUUUUAUUCAACCACAGGUUUAUCACAAAGAAAACGGGUAAGUCAGGGUGUUAGGUUCAUCCAAACAAGAUCUCAUUUCAACUCAAAACACCCCAGAGGAGAAAAUACUUCCUUUUAAAAGUAACCACAAUGUUCAACCAGCCCAACUAAAGUGCCUCUUUUGCACUGAGCUCCUAUAUUGUUCACUUCCCUGGGGUUUUGACCCCAGCUCUCCCUCUCCUCUCCCAAGUGUGUGCUCCCCUCUCUCUGUCUGUUUUCCAGCUUCUUUGUCCUGCCUCAAUCAAUGGUCCCAGGCACCUGCAGCUGUCCAGGUGGAAAUGCAUGCUGGGAGUUGUAGUGUGCCCUGCUGCGGCCCUUGUGUCUGACCACUGACAAUCCAUGAUUUCAUAGCGCCCAUCUACAACUUGUCCCUUUGUGAUGCCACUAAGUGAAUUUGCUGAAGCAGAGUUCUUGUAAUAAAUGCUGAUGAAACAGAAGAUGUGAAGCUGAUUUAGCGAAGUCAUUUAACCCUCCAUCACCUCUCCUCUGUUUGUGCAGCACUCAGAGACCAACAGACGGGGACAUCAUGGAAGCCCCCCUCGUUUGUCUAGAUGAGGAGUUUGAGGAUCUGCGUCCCUGCCGCAUGGAUGAGCUCGACCACUCAUCACUCAACAACUCCUCUUACUCCAACACCUCCAGCAACUCCCCCACAACUGCCCCCCUGGCCUCAAUCACACGUGAGGACUUCUCUGAGCUGGAGAACUUCUCUGAGAUGAUGAGCUUCAAGUCCAUGGAGGACCUUGUCAACGAGUUUGACGAGAAGCUCAACGUCUGCUUCCACAACUACAACACCAAGACGGAGGGCCUGGCACCCAUUCGCAACCAGACGCACAACCAGGAGGAUGAGGAAAGGUUGCAGGAUGAAGAGUGAGUGACCGAAGUUAAUGUACUUUGCUGAAACAAUAUUAGUCUAUAUGGAGUUUGUUUAAGCUUUCAUAUCUUGUUUGUUUUUAAGCUUGCAAGUGGAUCUGAUACAGUGCAGGACUCGAGUUGCAUACUUGAGCUCCCAUAUAUAAAUUAUACACAGAUAACUUGGUUUUCCCAAACCCACAUCCCAGAUACAUUCUCGGGACCAGAUAGCAGUACAAUUCUAACCGUAAAGUAUUCUGUUUUAAAUCAUCUGAGAAAUGAUUUUUUAAAAUAGCUUGGCUGGGCCAUCCAGUUCUGUGAAUCACUUGCUGUUCCUUCCCACAACAGUCUGGACUUCGGCCCAUUGGGAGCGUUUAUUAGAAAUCAGAAAAUAACCGGGCCAAUUAGUGAUUGUGUUUCCACUGUUCCCCGAAAAACAGGGAAAGGCAGCCCCUGAUUGGUCCAUAGUUUUAAGAGACAUUGAGAGCUGAAGCACACAUGACACAACCUAGCAUACUGUUACAGCAUGCUGAAAAGGUUCCUUUGGAACAGAAAACAUCCUUUAUGGAGAAAAAAAAACAUAUACCUUCAUGAAUUUAAUCAAACAAAAUCAUAAAACUUGCUAACAAGGACGUACCGCUUUUUAAAAGGCAGAGGAUGUGCAGAGGAUCACUCAAAAUUCUAGAACGUGCUUCUCAGAAUCAGUAGAGCUAAAUAGGCCUGAGGGUUUAUUCACGCACCCCCCACUUGAGAUGUCCACAUGCAUUCCUCCCAAAGACAUAAAGAGAGGAACUGUAGGAACAAAGGUCAAAGACAUGAAAUGUUUUUUGCUCCAUAACAUUACAUAAAGCACAUCUACAUGUCUUUCUUCUGUAAAAAGUAGAUUCUUCUGUAAAUUCUUCUUCUUCUUCUUACAUGAUGACAAUGCUAGCUGGUAGAGGCUGUCAGUAAGUUCUAACAGUUGUGCACACGUGUGCACAGUAUUUAUUGUAAUAACAAACACACUGGUAUGGUGUUUUUGUAUGUAACCUGCCUAAAAGACAUUUGCACUUCAACGUACAGGAUUAUAAGGGAAGCCUAAGCAGGGAGGCCCCGACUUCCCUAUUCCGAGCUACUUCGUCCAGCCCUUCCCUCUUCAAGCGUUCCCAGGCCAUCUGAGAGACAUAAUCUCUCCAGCGUGUCCUUGGUUAUCCCUGCACUCUUUGGUGCAAUGUAGGUUGGGCAGCAGCCAAAGGCAGAGACCUUGGCAGUCAGAUCCUCAGACGCAGAGGCUAGUUCUAGGGACGUAGAAUGUCAUCUCUCUGGCAGGGAAGGAAGUUGAGCUGGUGUACGAGGUGGAGAAGUUCUGUCUAGAUAUAGUUGGACUCACCUUCACACAAAGCGUGGGCUCUGGAACCAGAACUCUCGAGACGAGCUGGAGUCUCUUUGACUCUGGAGUUACCACUGGGGCAGGGGUGGCAAUACUAAGUGCUCCCUUGCUCGGUGCCUGUGUGUUGGGGCUCAGCCUGAACGAGAGGGUAGUCUCCCUUCGCCUUUGGGUGGGGUGAUGGAUCCUGACUGUUGUUUGUACCUAAGCUCCAAAUAGCAGCGCAGAGUAUUCACCUUUCUACUCCUUGGAAGAAGUGCUGGAGAGUGCUUCUUUGGGGGACUUCCUUGUUCUGCUGGGGGAUUUCAACGCCCAUGUUGGCAGCAACAGUGAGACCUGGAGGGGCGUGACUGGGAAGAACGGCCCCCCGCUCUGAACCCAAGCGGUGCUUUGUUAAUGGAUUUCUGUGUUCAUCACAGAUUGUCUAUAACAAACACCAUGUCCAGGCAUAAGGGUGUCCACAUGUGCACUUGGCACUAGGACACCCAGGGUCGCAGUUCGAUGAUCGAUUUUGUGGUCGUGUCGCCAGACUUGCGGCCACAUGUCUUGGACAUUCGGAUGAAGAGAGGGGUUGAGCUGUCAACCGAUCACCACCUGGUGGUGAGUUGGCUCUGAUGGUGGGGGAGGAUGAUGGUCAGAUCUGACAGACCCAAAUGCAUUGUGAAAACUUCAACCAUGUCCUGGGGGAGGCGCAGGACAUUGAGUCCGAGUGAGCUAUGUUCCAUGCCUCGGUUGUUCAGGCGGCUGAUUGGAGCAGUGGCGGUAAGGUGGUCGGUGCCUGUCGUGAUGAUAAUACCCAAACCAGUUGGUGGACACCAGUGGUGAGUGAUACCAUUAAGCUAAAGAAGGAGUCCAGUCAGGCCUUUUUGGCCUGUGGGACUCCAGAGGCAGCUGAUAGGUACUGGCAGGCCAAGCAAAAUGGGGCUUCAGUGGUCACUGAGGCAAAAACCCUGGGAAGGCAGGAGUUCAGUGAGGCCAUGGAGAAUGACUACCAGACAGCUGCGUAGAGAUUCUGGACCACCAUCCACACUGCGCAUGGUGGGGAUGGUGCACUGCUGACCUUGACUCUGGACAUUGUUGCUUUUGUUUCCUGGAUCACAGAUUACCUGGCAGUCACAUCCUCACCAGGAAGGCCACAGUUUGUCAGGCUGGGGAACUGUGUUUCUGGGACAUUAAUGAGCAGUACAGGGGCUCCACAAGGGACAGUGAUGGCGCCAUUCCUGUUCACACUGUAAACAUCAGACUUCAAAUGCAGCACUGAGUCCUGCCACAUCCAGAAAUACUAAGAUGACACCGCUAAUGUGGCAUGUAUUAGAAAUGAACAAGAAUCUGAAUACAGAGAUCUGAUAAGACCCUUCAGUGACUGGAGUCACAAAAACUGCCUCCUCCUCAACACCUCAAAGACAAAGGAGAUGGUCAUAGACUUCCGCAGAUCUGUAUCCCUUCUUCAGCCAGUGAACACCUGUGGAGUGGACAUCAUAGUGGUGACAUCAUAUAAAUACCUAGGUGUACACCUGGAUAAUAAGUUAGACUGAUCUAAGAAUAUAGACUUCAUUUACAAAAAGGGGAAGAGCCACCUCUUUUGCCUGAGAAGAUUCCGAUCAAUAGACAUCUGUAGUUAGAUGCUGCUGAUAUUUUAUCAGCCUGUGGUGGCAAGUGUUCUGUUCUACGCUGCAGUCUGCUGGGGAGGAAGCAUCAAACACAAAGAUUCAAGUUGUCUGAAUAAACUGGUCAAAAAAGUUGGUUUUGUGGUUGGAUUGAAGUUCAAGGACCCACUGAAGGAUGUGGUGGAGAGACGUGCACUGAGGAAGGUGGAGACUAUUCUCAAGAACAUGGAUCACCCACUUCACGACAACUUAAUGGACCAAAGGGCCAAUGGUGGUGGACGGCUCCUCUCUCUUCGCUGCAGGGCAGAAAGAUUCAGAAGAUCUUUUGUGCCUACAGCCAUCAGACUGUAAAACUUUUCUGUAAAUAGUAGAUGGCUUUUAAAGACAUGACAAAUGAGACGACAGACAAUUGAAUUUCCCUUUGGGAUUAAUAAAGUUCUUAUUGUUAUUAUUAUUAUUAUUAUUAUUGCAACACACCACAAUCUGACUUACUUUUCGUGCUGCCCUGUAAAACGUCAAUUAAUAAAGUCUGUUGUACUUGAAGCUUUCAAACACACUUUUACAACCCACACAUUCAACAAGACAAAAAUACAGUAUUUCCGGGGUUGGGAUGACGUCACUGGGCUGGGAGCUUGGACUGGCACUGAGCUCCCGCUCCCAUUGACCUUAACUUACAUUUUAACCAACCACAGACUGUUAUUUUUGUUCAUUUUUAUGACACUCCAGACAUAAAUCCUUGCCUAUUGUGGGAAGCGGCUAAGGCGUUCAUGAGGGGGUCUAUUAUAUCCUACACAGCAGCUCACAAAAGAGAUACAAUCAGGAAGCAAUUGGAAUUAGAACAUUGGAUCCAGGAUUUAUGGAACAAGUUUAAAAGCUCUCCAUCUUAAAAAAUUAGAAGCAGCGAAAUUGGCCCUCAAUCAACUCUUAACAAGCAAAGCAGAGGCUUCUAUCCUUUUUGCAGGACAGAGGCUAUAUGAACAUGGUAAUGAACCUAGCCGCCUUCUUGCUCGCCUGGCAAGGGGAAAAAAUGCCAUUAGUUUAAUAUCAUCACUUCAAGAUAGUAAUUGAGACAAAGUCCACGAAUCAAAGAAAAUUAACAAUAUAAUGAGACAGCUCUACUAUGAGUUAUAUUCCAACGAAUGUAAUACUUCAGUAGAGCUAAGAAGAUCUUUCCUGGAUAAGGUUAGUCUACCCUCUCUCACAGAAGAACAGCGGGAGGCUCUGAAUAGACCAAGGAAGAGGUCCUGGGUGCCAUUCGCACAAUUCAAAAUGGGAAAGCACCAGGACCGGAUGGCUAUGGGCCAGAGUAUUAUAAAAAAAUGAGCAGAGUUGGGGUGGGUCCUCUGACCAAUAUGUUUUUGGACUCUUUCGGGAAGAGAUAUCUCCCUUCCUCUCUAAAUCUAGCCAAUAUCUCUUUAAUCCUGAAGAAAAAUAAACCAUCAGAUGAGUGCGGUUCUUACAGACCUGUCAGCCUUAUAAAUGUGGACAGCAAGAUACUGUCUAAAACGCUGGCCAGAAGAUUGGAGAAUGACUUACCCUCAGUCAUAAAUGAGGAUCAGACAGGGUUUAUCAGGGGAAGGUUUUCGUAUUCUAAUGUGAGAAGACUUCUAAAUGUUGUACAGUAUUCCUCACAGAGGUAACACCGGGCUCUGGCUAUAUCAUUAGAUGUGGAAAAGGCGUUUGAUAGGGUCGAGUGCGGAUUCAUGUGGGAUGUCCUGGACGGGUUUGGAUUAGGAGAGGAGUUUAUAAAUUGGAUAAAACUUAUCAUUCGCCAUAGGCCUGUGUCUUGACCAAUGGCAUGCGCUCUCCCCCCCUUCCCACUCGGUGGACAGGGCUGCCCGCUCUCCCCCCUCCUUUUUACCCUCACAUUACAGCCACUGGCAGAACCCAUCAGGAAUAGUGAGAAUAUUCAUGGGGUUACUUUAGGCAAGACCACCCACAAGAUAGCGUGCUGAUGACAUUUUACUUUUUUUUUCAAACCCCAAGGUCAAUUCCUUUGGUUCAAUAUCUGGCUACAAAAUAAAUUACACAAAAUCUGGGGCUAUGCCCUUGGGGAAUUACGGCAGCUAAAGUUCAGUUACAAACUUUCCAUUCAGAUGGGCCACUUCAGGCUUUGUCUAUCUUGGUAUCAGAGUGUCACCUAAUGUUGAGGACCUGCGGAGACUUAAUUUUGUGCCUACAAUUACAGCAGUUAAGAAUGACCUUGAGAGAUGGCAUGACCUUCCCCUCUCCUGGAUGGGUAAUCUCAUAAAGAUGAACAUACUCCCUAGAUUACUUUAUCCUUUGCAGAUGCUACCAAUAUGGAUUUCAAAGAAGGUAAUUUCAGAUUUAGAAAAGGCUUUUUCACAAUUUAUUUGGCACAAUAUAAAGCCCAGAAUUCAAAUUAAGACCUUACAGCUGCCUUGGGAAUGAGGAGGUUUAGCCCUACCGGAUUUGUGAUGUUAUAACUGGGCCUGCAGCACCCGAAUAAUCUGGGACUGUGUACAGUCCCAUUUAAAAUCUGAAACAGGUAUUGAUGAGUGGUUCCCCUCUCCUGACUCCUUGCUGAGUAAACGAACUAACUAUGGAAAAAAGAGAUCUUUGGACAUCCAUCAUAACCCUAUUAUCUACAACACUAUCAGAAUUUGGCGAGAUCUAACAAAAUAUCUGAACACUUUUUUGGGUACCUUCAAGUCUGUAAUUUUAUUCUCUCAAAGGGAAAAAAUCUCCCCACAGACACCCCCAUUUCAAGUGAUACAGAUUCAUUUUUGUUGAAACAAAAGGACACAAGACAUUUUCUUUCUCAUUUUUAUUCGCUGUUUUACUCCAUAGAUCCAUCAGAUAUUAGGUUAGAGCAAGGUUAUAUAGAAGUGGGAACACGAUCUUGGUGGGCAAUAUAUCAAAGAUGACAUGAAGCAAUCGCCUCUGCCAAAACCACAUUUACUUGUAACCGAAUGAGAGAAACUCAAUAUAAGAUACUCCAUAGAUCCCACAUAACACCAUCUAUUUUUAAUAAGCUUGACAACCAGACCUCUCCUCUUUGCAUUAAAUGUAAACAGAUGAUAGGGACAUACAUUCACUGUUUCUGGGCGUGUUAUUUGACUGCAAGGUUUUGGAGCAAUGUAGCCCAGGAAUUGGGUACCAUUUUUUCACUUAAAGUCACAAAGGAUUCGGGUCUUUCAUACUGGGUUUGCCUUCAAAAAUAUUAUCUCUGAGUAGAUCUGAUUUCAGACUUUGUGACAAACUUCUGUUUCUGGCUAGGAGAUGUAUUUUAAAGCAGUGAAUAAGUGAUAAACCUCCCACUGUUACACAGUGAUACCAAGAAACGUAUAAAAUUUUACCCAUAGAAAGACUAACUGCACGAAUGAAAGGGGAUAAUUGUUUGUUUGAGAGAACAUGGUCAGCCUUUCUGAGGUACUUACCCCCAUCCCUUCGGGACACUGUAAAUAAGGGGAGAUAUGCCCUAGACUGGAAUACUCCCACUAGAGGAUCUGUCAGCAAGUAAUUUGCCAAUUUUUUGCUAUCACCUGUCUUUAGACCUCCCCCUCCUUGUUUUAAUUUCAUUGUUCAAUUUAUGUAUCUUUAUACUUAUGUAUAUAUUCUUUGUGGUAUUAUUUUUAUUUACUAGUGUACUUCAUAUUUCUUCUACUGUCCAUGGUCGGGAGAUGGCACAGUACUUGUAUAUGGUGAAUGGCAUGCUGGAUGGGGGCGGCUAAGGGACUGGGGUGGAGAGUGUAGGCGGUGUGGGAAUGCAGGGGUGGGUUUCUGGAUGGACCGUCUUAAGUCACAUGAAGCCAUUUAAUUUUGGAUGAUGCUAUAUUUUCUUUUGUAUUUUGAUAUCAAUGUGAAUUCAGAAAGCUUGUUUGUUGUUUAUGAUCUUGGAAAAAAUCUAUAAAAUCUAUUUGAAAAAAAAAAAAUUACAACAUUUCCUUUCAUUAUAUCCCAACAUCCCAAACACCAAGUCACCUGCACACUGACCCAGUCUGCAUGCUAAAUAAUUCAAUGUGCGGUAUUGUUUGUUUCACUGUGCUCUGGUCUGUAUCGGUCUCUGCAUCCCCUCCUCCUUACAGCUUCUGAGGUGGAAAUACACACGCUCCCCGUCAUGCUAUGCGGGGGGGAAUCAGGCUAAAAAUAGUCUGUAGGUGUAAGAGGAGAGGGUUGAAGGGGGAUCCUGAGUCUCUGUAGUAAAAUAAGGAUUAACUGAGCACAAGACACAACUCUACAACAAUCUGCAACACAGUUGUAAAGCUGCCUACUGGGACACUGUGUACAAAACUACACUAGAGAUAUUGUGCUGUCAACUAUUCAAACUGUUCCCCUCCUCCUCUUGAGAUUUUGUCACAAAAUCAUCUCAUUGUUCAUCCUCUUCACUUCUGGUCUUACAAAAACAAUCAAAGUCAUGAGUUCAAGGCAAGUUAGUCUCAUUAGUUGUUGGACUCAGAAGCAUUGUGUUGUGGUGGCUGACAGAACAAAACCUUAUUUCGGUAACAGUGAAUUUCAAAAUGACAGGGUUUUUAAAGCUCUACAGAGAGACUCAACAAUAAUAUAAACAUGUUGUUUAGUGGGGAACAGUCCAGGGGCCUAUUCUACGAAGCAAGUGUGACCUAGCGAGAUAGCACCAAGGCUACCUCGCUAGGUCGAACUUUCUUAGCUUAGGGCAGUAGCCACCGGUCUCGCUAAACAGUCUUACAGUCUUAGGUUAUCAACCUUGUAAGUGGAUCCAACUUUGCUAUGAGCGCGUGCACGCAUGUAAGGUGGAACCCGCAGCAUCUGACCAAUCGCGAACAUGGACCAGUCUGGAGCAUCAGAGCAGGCCUGAGAGCGAAGGACCGCGUACUUUACAAACGAGGAGCAGGAGACGAUCAUGAGAAAGUAUGAAGAAUUCAAAUCUAUCAUGAACCUCAAGUGCAACACCGUCGCCGCUGCAAAAGCAUGGAAGGAACGCUGGCAGAAAAUUGCAGACAGUCUCAAUGCAUAAGUAUAGUACGCAAAAAAUCUUUGAUGCCAUUAUCACCCUGAAAUAACACUGUUCAACAUGCGCUUUUAACAUCCACCAGACAUGUCUAAUUCAUUUCCAAGAUGAAUUCAUUCAUUUGUUCAUUCCUAUCGUGUUUACAUUUUUUGUGUGAUAUGUAGGCCAUAUGAGCCUUUCAUAAAGGUGGUCAUCCGGAAAAGUAAGUGGGUUCGUGCGGGCAAUGCGAGCACCGAGGUCUAUAGGAUCCUCCAAGAAUGGACAAGCCAUUUUUCGAGACAGCUCAUUGGUCAGUGGGUGGGGUUUUUAUACUCGGUAAGUUCAAUCUGGAACCUAACCUGCCCCAGAGCAGGUUCGCCGUUCAGCGUACAUUGCCAUGGAGACUCGCCUUGCUAAGAAGUGAACCUGUGUCGUAGAACAGGAAACCCCAAACUUACCCUUGAAGUUACCUCACUAAGCAGUAAUCCUGCUUCGCAGAAUAGGCCCCAGGUUGAUUUUUUGGUUCAAUCCCUGCUGUUUCUUGUUUUCAAACUCAGAUAUGAGUCAGCUGAUUGUUAAGCAGAAUAUUAAAUGUUUUCCUUUCAAUGGCCUUGCGCCAACAAACACAGCAGGACAGCUUAGAGACAUGGGGCUCUAUUUUCGUGCCUCGCGGGAGACGUGCCGACAAGGCGUUUCCAAGCACAAUUUGGUAUUUUGGUGAGCGGCGCAGCCUGGCGUAAGUAUCCCCUCUCCCUAACUCAGCUCCUCCCAGCGGCGUAAGUCGUAGCGAGGGAGGAGAGAGGGCGUGGAGUGGGUUUAACACAGCCGAGACCUGUAUUGACCAAUAACAUCAGCUCCUUUCCUUGCCUUUAAAUCCGCCACUGGCGAGGCGUAUUACAAUUUUCCAGAAGUAGUCAAAGAGAUCAAGAGAUGUCUGAAGACAGUAAUGCCACACGAUGGCGACAUAAGGCAGCUCCUCAAUAAGUGUCGCUGUAAACGCUGCAGAGGACGUCCUUCACACUGUCUCAUAUAAGCACAGAUGGAUUUGGUGUGUGUAAGUUUAGACCCACUAAUAAGACAAACACCCUUUUCCACAAAUAAAGACACUCACAUAAAGUUGUAUAUAUUCAAACCUCACUUGACAAAGGUGGGUUGUGCGCACAGAUCACAUCAUAAACCCCAAAAAUGGCAUGAAAAUCGGAACCAUCUGUGCGUAAUGACGCAUCGCACUCCAUGGCCUGGCUCUUUCUUUCAUAGAUGUUGGCAUAUAAAAUAAAUUUGUAUGUGGGCCUAAAGUAAAUAACUCAUCGGAUCACUGACACAAAUCAUCUGUUCAGCCGCCGCCGCAGCAGCUGCAGCAGCAGCUGCAGCAGCAGCAGGACAGAGAGAGGACGCGGAGACAUGUCCAGGUUGAGCUGCGCGAGAAAUAAGAGGAAGAGAAAGAAAGAAAAGGAGGGAGGCGAAUUACAUAGCUUGUUAACUUCAUCAUGUGUGUCUAUUUACUAGAUAUUUAAUUAAAUUGAAUGCGGUAUCAGCUGUGUUGAUUUGGUCAGGUUGUGUGACCAAAAGCGUGCCAAAUGCGCUCAUCAGAUCAGAUAUAGAUCAGAAUAUUUCUAUAUAGAUCCAAAUGUAUGUGCUGACUUAGAUUAUUAGUUGUUGUUGAUUAUUUAUUGCAAUUGCAAUUUAUUGCAAAUGUGCCUGACACUGUGGAAACCUGCCGGUGAGGCAUCAGUGACGUAUGCCGAUACGCCGCCGGUCUACCAAAAUACCUCUAGACCAGCUACACUCUGCCUGUGCUGAAAGCUGACCAGGUUUGAAUUGGCGAGUUUUCAGCGCACUUUAUACGCCACCGGCGAGCACGAAAAUGUCACUGCGCCAGCUGAUCCUGUCGACACCCCCCCCGCCUCACCACCACACCCAGCUUGGCGGACCUCAGUGUGCCUCAGUCCACGAAAGUACCAAACUGGCUGUACACUGGGCUCUGCCAGAUGAAAAUACCACUGCGCGGGGUCCGCCACCCUCUGCCGCCUCACCGGCGGACACGAAAAUAGAGCCCAUGCUGUCCAGAUGACCAAUCACUGAGCCUGUGUAUUGCAGGCAAUCUGUAUCGUGAGGGGAUGACUACUAGAUCUAAUCAUACGAACAUGUUUAAGCAGGGAACAUUUAUUUUAACUUCUACUUACGUUCAAAGAUCAGAAGUCAGAAAAACAAGAAUGCUUUUAAUCUUUAUUGAGAAAAUUUGGUGUUAACAUUACUAUUGUUCUCUUGCAAGAAUGAAAUGAUUGUUGUUCCUACCCUGGUACGAAUAAAAAGUGAAUAAUAAUAAUAAUAAUAAUUAUAAUAAUAAUAAUAUUGCAUCAGAUUUUUUAUAGCGCUUUAUCAGAGACCCUCAAAGCGCUUUACAUUGGAUACAUCAUUCAUUCGCUCACACAGUCACACUUUGGUGGUGGUAAACUACCUUAGUAGUCACAGCUGCCCUGGGGCAGACUGACGGAAACGUGAAGUAAAUAGUAAUUCUGUUUUUCACACAUAAACAGGGACACAGCCAAGGAUAUAUCUUUUUUUUGAAACAGAGAAAUUAAGUUUUUAAUGGGUUAGAGGGACUGGAGACAGGUAUUUCGGUCAGGAUCACUUUAGUCAAAAUUAAUUAUUUAUUACAAGCAAACAUUUUUACAUUGGCGGUAUGGCUCUGUUCUGAGAGUUCCCUGCCCUUCUGUGUGCUUGCAUGGAAUGCCACAGCUAUAAGAGGGGAGAGCUCCCCCCCUCCCUUUCAUGUGCAAACAUGAAAAGCCAAGGCAGAGAAAGCAGCAGCAAAUAAAUACGAUUCAGAUAAAAAAUUAAAAUCCCCCCACAGAGUAGAGCAAGCAUCAGUGACGAUACAUAUGACACUGGUAAGAUCAGACACAACAUGAACAGGAGGAGCUGGGGUGGAGGUGGGUUGCAGAGUGGUUGCAGCAGGCAGAGUAGGCAGGAGAAACAGUUUAAAUAGGGCGCCAUUUUGACAUUAGCCAAUAGGAUGUGUAGAGGGCGACCACCUGAGCUGUCAGCUGACUGAGGGCUGGCUGAAGAUCAUCUGACUGUAGCCUUCAGCUUGACUCCGUGUCCUGCCUGAACUACAGCUAUGCUUCAUUUUCCUGAUCUUCUUACACUACAAUGUAGUGUACUAUCAGGGCUGAUCUCAGGAUGCUAGAAGAUGAGGACACUCUCAUCACUGGGAAAGCUUCACCAUGCACAGGCCAAGUGCACCAGACUGAGACAGACACCAAGCUCUCCAUCAUGCACACUUUCAAAUUUAUGCAGAAACAAAUAUACACACAGACAUGCACAUACACAACUCAGGAUUAUUUUUUCAACUCUCUUAAAUGCUUAUUUCUAAUGCCAUCAGUCAUUAGCCACAGUAUUAACAAAGGCCAAACAGUAUCUGUUGGCAUGCAACAGAUACUGGUACAUAACCAGGUACAUCAGAUUUUUUAAUGCCAUCACUCACUGUUUUCCCUGCGUCACAGUACCUGUCAUCCUGGACAAACUUCUUAAUCUACUCCCCUCUCUCCCCUCCUCUGUCACUAAGAUUGUGCUCCAUGUUGGCUCAAACGACACGUCCCUUAAGCAGUCCGAAAUCACAAAGAGGGAUUUUAACUGGCUUUUUAACGUUUUAAAGGACACUGGAAAGACAGUUUUUAUCUCUGGCCCGAUCCCCACUCUCGGUCGUGGAGCAGAACGUUUUAGCAGGAUCCUCAGCCUCCAUACCUGUCUCCAAUCCACAUGCCCCACCCACAACUUCGGUUUUAAUCUGUUUUGGGACUGAGCAUCACUUUUCAGUCAUGAUGGGAUCCGCCCCAACAGGCGGGGUUGCCGAAUGCUCUCUUACAACAUCCAGUAUAUGAUCCACUCCUCACCCGUCUGACAGUCUGCACUCAGCAGCCCAUCUUUCCACACCCAGGCCACCCCCCCCCUCCUCCUCACAAUAACCUCUGGUCAUCUCAAAACAGUCCCACAAUCCCCGCUCAUUCACCUGCCAACCCCCACCUUCUCCUACAAUCUGGACUUUUUUAUUCUGACUGAAACCUGGCUGACUCUGGACAAUUGUAUUUCUCUUAUAGAAGCCACCCCCCCUGAUUUUACUCACCUCCAUCAGCCCAGGCAGUCAGGCCGGGGAGGGGGGGUGGCUGUCAUAUACAAGAAGGAUUUUAAAUGCAUCCCCAUCACCUUCAGCACUUUUAGUUCAUUCGAGCACCUUGCUUUUAUUGUUAAAUUGAAAGAACUUGUCUUAAUCAUAAUCAUUUAUCGACCACCCAAACACAGCGCUGUUUUUAUUCAGGAGUUUUCAGAGUUUCUAUCCCCUUUUUAUUUGUAAAUAUGACAAAGUUCUUAUUUUGGGUGAUUUUAAUGUACAUGUCUGCUGUCCCUCACAACCCUUAACUGUUGAUUUUAUUGAAACUCUUGACUCCUUUAAUCUUACCCAGGCAAUACGGGAACCAACUCAUGUAAAGGGACACUGCUUAGAUUUGGUUUUAUUUACUGGACUUUCUCCAUGGUUCUCCAUGGUUUUAUCCCAGCCUUCUUUUACCGAUCACACUCCUGUUUUUAGAAGGGUUUUUAAUGCAUCGUCUGCUAGCAAGUUUUCAGAGCUUUUUAUCGCUGCAUCUUUAACUGCCCUCAACCCAGAUUUUAAUCCAGUUUUUAACACUGAAGAGCUUGUCUCUCUUUUUAACAGUAUGUGUGGAACCAUCCUGGACUCUGUAGCUCCUCUGAAAAAGAAAAGAUCUAACAAAGAACCCCAACCCUGGCUCACAGAGUCCACCCAUGAACUUAAGAGAAUAUGUAGAAGAAACGAACGCAAAUGGAAGAAAACUGGGUUGGUGGUUUUCCUCGAAAUUUGGAGAGACCCCUUGAAAAACUACCGGAAGGCAGUUAAGGAUGCAAGGGGAGUCGGGAAGUUAAGCACUUUUUUAGUAGUUUUGAGCUGGUGUCCUUAAAAUUUUUAUCUGAUAUUUUAGCCAAAAUGAAACCAGCUACGUGCAGUCUUGGUUCUAUCCCCACCAGAUUUCUCAAAGAGGUUUUUAACGUGGUUGGGCCCAGCAUUUUAUCCAUCAUUAAUAGCUCUCUAGUGGAGGGAGUAUUUCCCUCUGCUUUUAAACACGCUGUGGUCCAACCCCUUUUAAAGAAGCCAAACCUUGACCCCUCUGAUUUGAACAAUUUUAGACCAAUUUCAAAACUUCCAUUUUUAUCCAAACUUUUAGAGAAGGUGGUUUCUAAACAGCUUUUAGGUUUUAUGUCUGAAAACAACCUCUUUGAGAAAUUUCAGUCUGGUUUUAGAGCAGGUCACAGCACUGAGACUGCCCUCCUCAAUGUGACCAAUGACCUUCUUUUAGCAGCAGAUAGAGGGGAGGGCUCAAUUUUAAUUCUUUUAAAUCUCAGUGCAGCUUUUGAUACAGUUGAUCAUACUAUUUUAAUUAAACGUCUUAAAAACUGGGUGGGUAUCAGGGGCACUGCACUUGGCUGGUUUCAGUCGUAUCUUUUAGAACGAACCUUUGUGGUCACCAUAGGCAAUCACACCUCCUCUACCUCUGCUAUCGCCUGUGGUGUACCGCAAGGUUCAGUUUUAGGUCCAAUUUUAUUGUCUAUCUACAUGCCAAUUAAUUCAGCGCCACAAAGUCUCCUUUCACUGCUAUGCAGACGACACACAGAUAUACCUUCCUUUGAGACCUGAGGACCCAAGAGGCCUAGCUGCUGUCAUGGACUGUCUAAGUGACAUUAACUGUUGGAUGGCACAAAAUUUCCUUCAGCUAAAUUAUUCAAAAUCUGAAAUAAUUCUCUGUAACAUACAAAACUCCCCCCUCAUUCAGUCUUGUCUCGGUCCACAUUCAGUAAUCAUCAAACCAACAGCCAGAAAUCUGGGAGUAACCUUCGAUUCAGACCUCACCUUCUCCACCCAUAUCAACAAGAUUGUCCAGUCCUGUUUCCCUCACCUGCGCUCCAUUUCAAAAAUUAAACAAGUACUCACCCCAUCAGAUCUCGAAAAGAUAAUCCACGCCUUCAUUUUCUCAAGACUGGAUUAUUGUAACUCUCUCCUCCCUGGUUUAAACAAGAAAUCUCUCUCUCGCCUCCAACUAGUUCAGAAUGCAGCAGCUAGGCUUUUAUCUGGUUUUAGUCGACGGCAUCACAUCACUCCAAUUUUAGCCUCCCUUCACUGCCUUCCUGUCAGCUUUAGAAUUGAUUUUAAGAUUUUAUUGAUUACUUUUAAAGCACUCAAAGGACUUACUCCGAGCUACAUUUCAGAGCUUUUAAUACCUUAUGAGCCAACUCGCAGCCUCAGAUCCUCUGGCGAAGGCCUCCUAGUCGUUCCAAAGUCAAGGCUCAAAACUAAAGGUGAUAGAGCUUUCUCCAUCAGAGCUCCUCGACUUUGGAACGACCUGCCAGAGGAGAUAAGGCAUGCAGAGACAGUUGCUUCUUUUAAGUCAAUUUUAAAAACUCACUUUUACAGACUUGCUUUUAUGUGAUGCCAUCUUUUAUCAUCUUUUACCUUUUUUCUUUUUCUCCUUUUUCUUUUACCUCUUUCUUAUUUAGACUUACUGUCCUUUUAGCCUUUGUUUUACUUAUAAUCUUUUCUUAUUUUAUCUCUCAGGUCCUUCAUUGAUUUUAAUGUUUUUUUUUAAUUUUCCUUCAUUUAAUUUUAUAUAUAUAUAUAUAUAUAUAUAUAUAAGAUUUUUUUAAUUCCAAUUUAUUUUUUAUAUUACCAUCAUUAUUAUUUUAUUAUGAUUUUAUUAUUAUUAUUAAUAUCCUCUUUUAUACUUACUAGCCUGUUUCCUGCCCUCCUUUUCUAUUUCAUUUUAUGUUUUUAUUUUGGUCCUCAUGGUCCCAUUUAUUUUGUAGGGUUCUUGUAUUGCCUGGGUUUCUUACAAAAAAUGAAACAGGCCUACAAUUCAGAGGCCUGUUUUUAACUGAGCUUUUGUUUUUAUGUGUUUUUAUUUUCAUGUCCUGAUGUUCUGUGUUUGCAACUGUUGUCUAAGCACUUUGUAAACUUUUGUUUUUAAAGGUGCUAUAUAAAUAAAGUUAUUAUUAUUAUUAUUAUUAUUAUUAUUAUUAUUAUUAUUAUUAUUAUUAUUACCAGAAAAUUCUGCCAUGUGAUCCAGCAACAAAAAUAACAAUUAGGGUAAGGAUGCAUCUGUAUGUGGUUUUACACCUGCUUGCAUCUUCUCUUUAUGGGAAUGAGGACAGUGAUUGGUUUUAUUGAUGUCAUGACCAAAACACACCUUGGAAUAAUCCAGGAACUUUGUCCUAAGGGGACAUCAAAGUUGACUUCAGCCUUUUUCAUAACCGGUUUAAAACUCCUGAGCUUUAGAAAGUUUAAAAUAGCUUAAAAAACAAACAAACAAACAUACAAACAACAACAAGAAACAUGUCCUAGUGGACCCCAUGCAUAAACGGAAAAAGAAAUCAACCACAGGGUACCUGUGUUUUUUAAACUUAUUUAAAGUCCCACUAGAUGUUUUUUUUUUUUUUUUACUACCCAAAGUGUUAUCAGUGGUCUUGAAAUUGUGAUUAUGAAGUUUUUUUUUUAGCCAAAAUCACAUUAUCUGUGUCUUUUUCAAGGGCUUUUCUUCUGCAGAGCUCCAGUAGCUCAUUAGCAAUUCACCUCUGAGUCGUGGGCGGAGACAGCUGUGCUCUGUACACUCCUUUUCACGCUAGCUUGCAGCCUAACAUUGUCGGUGUAGAAGAAGUGGCAGGUAAAAUAGAAGCUAUUCAGCUCUGAGACAUUAAUGUCUUUGGGGGCAUAAUGAAAGCUAAUGUCAUAAUUAGCUUUCUACCAAGCAUUGCAAUUCUCUACUGUUCACAUGUUCCUCCAUAUUCCUCUUUACUUCUUGAAGUCUGGCCUGCAGAGUGGAGCGCCGGUGUGGAGCUUGGACUUGUGACAUAGAAAAUCCUGCUGUGUCUGAACUUGCCAUUUGGGUCUGCCAGAGGUUCACAGUGAUUUGAAUAAGGAAAUGCUCAGAAAUGCAAUUUUGCACUUAGUUUUCUUGUGAUAUGACUGUAGCAUCAGAAAAACACCAUAUGAACAUAAAGAAAUAACAAGAACAACAAGAAAAACAUGAUUCUCAUCGGAGUAGGUCUUGAAAUGAAAAAUUAAUUAUCACACUCAACCACAAGUCAGUAAAGAGGGGAGAAUUACAGACCUCAGUGGGUGAUUUUUUUUUAAAUCUAGAAGUGGAAGUGAUGGCAGCUUUGGCAACAGCUUGAAAACUGCAAAACUUACCCUUCAUGCACUCUGUAUUUAUCAGAUCAUGCACAAGUGAAAACUAGGGACUUGUUUGAAGGCUGGGGUGUGUGUGCAUGAUUGCAUUUGAGUGUAGUGGGAAAAACAUGCACGCAAACUCAGUGAGAUCCUUCUUUUAAGAGAUUUUUUCAAGGAUAAUAACUAGUUUCCUUGUGUCAGACUGGUUUUACACAAAUGUGGAGCUAGAGAAGGACGUGCUUUUAUUUUUUCUUGGUCACUGUGCCCAUGUGUAUUCAUUUCAUUCACUCCCCGAAUGUAAACUCAUUUUUAUAACCUUGUUGCAUGGUGUCCUUUACACUUGACAAAUACAUAACUCCCCAUAUUUAUGCCUGAAAGUGUUGAUGAUGCACAGAGUUAAUCUAUUAAGUUAAUCUGCUGCGGAAUAACCAACAUAUCGUAGCCCAUCUUCCAUUGUAGGGUUAACUGUGCUGAACCUGUAACCCUGUUUAUGUGCUGGAACAUGCAGCAGUGACAUGCAGGGCUGGCAGCCAGUGAGGUAAGCUGUUGGCUGAAUGUAUCCUCUGUGUGCUGGUGUGGGCAGUGCCACUGUGCGCCAGGCAGCAGGCCUGACACAACCUCUGAGCGGAGGAGGACAGAAACACAAAAGAUGCUGUUUCUCUCUAGUUUUAUGUCAUUCUUGCUCACACAGAUGCUGCAGAGUUCAGUUAGACACCACCAUCUCACAAUGAUGUGAGAAGCUUUAUCUAAAUCUCUGUGGGGAUACCGUUUGCUCAAUAGUAAGCUAGUUUUUUUCCUGUCCUGUAUUUUUCCUCUGAAGCCUCCUGCUCUCUGUAUUGACUUCAGUUGACUUUUUAAAAUAUUGACUGAGUUGUAGACUGCUGAAAACACUCAGGGCUGAGUGGACCUCAUUUUAACCAGGGAUAAGACUGCACAUCUAUCUGUGGUUUAAUCUCAUUACAUAACCGUCUAACCGCCAGAGUGUGUGGAUACAGCAGAUUAAAAAUAGCAUGCAGCCUGUGGAGUCAUGGACAGAAAUUGAGUUCCGAUGUUUGGAAGUUUCUCUUUUUCACUUGAGUGUGUGCAUGUGUGUCUUUGUUAUUUUGCAGCGUGUGGGAUGCUCUGACAGACAACUAUAUUUCCGCCUGGGACAACCCCGACCAACAGGGACUCAACGGCAACCUGUCUGAGCAGGAGGUAUGAAAGUGUUCUUCACAGCUCUGUCAUUCACUCAGAUCUCUGAUGUGCCUCUUUAGGCUUGUAAAAAGAUUUGUGAGGUUGGAGUGAGGUGUGGGAACCUUUUACAUGUGCAGUUGUGUUCAAGAAGAUUUUAAUAGCCAACAUUAAAAAUUUCUUAAAAUAAUUUUUGUUACAUACUCUGCAUGGGUUUGUUGCAUAUAGGGAGGACAUUAUGAUCAAAGCAAUUAGAACAUUUGAGAAAAAAGUCGAAUGCAAAAAAAGAAACAUUUAAAAACAUUUAAAACAACACACCUCUUACAGUCAAAAUGCAAACUGAACAAUACAUCUUUUUUUCACGUAACUGUUAUUUUAAAGUUUGUUAAAAUUACACAGAUGAUAUAUGAAUAGACAAUAGAAAAAUUUCAUAAAUGUUAAAAACUACGAAAGUACCCUUUAGAACAGCUUGAUGAAUGGAGAAAAUUAAAUAAUUCGUAACCACAAAAACAGUUUUUAACGCUUAUUAUGUAAGAACAUAUUACGUAAGGACACGUUGUCUUUGGGAUAGUAAAGGCACUGUUUUUGUUUCUUUGGGCAUUGUUGUAGAUUUUCAAACAAUUGGAUUAUUUGAAUAUGCAACAUGUUGUUUUAAAAGCUCAGUAUUGUCAUUCCUAUGUACUCCUUAUUGAGUUUUCAGAAUAAAUUUUCAAGUUUAAAAGUGAAAAUCAAACUGUGUAACAGGUUAUGUGAGGUGAUACUUCAGUGUUGUCACAGUCUGCAAAAACCAUCACCAUAGGUAUAAACAUACAUUUUUUUUGGUUUUUUGAUGCACACAUUGGCCCUCAUUUAUCAAUCUUGCAUAGAACUGAGCGCAGAUCUGAACGCAGGAUUCAUUGUACGAUAGGACACACGUGAGAUUUAUGAAAGGGUUCAUAUCUGACCAAUUCCAGCGUAUGUAUGAUCCGGUCUUGAUAAAUGCGGCGGUUGAAAUCGAUCGUCAGUAACAUGUUAACGUCCUUGAAUAUUUGUGGUUCAGAAGCCUCACCCACUGAGGUCAAACAUGGAAAAGGAGAAGUAUUAGAAAGAUGUGAAACUUUUCUGAGCUAAAUGUGGAAAUCCUCGCAUCUGUGGUGGAAACUAACAAGGAUUUUCUCUUUGGAAGCAUCAAAACUGGUAUAAAAGCAGUCCAGAAAACUCCUGUCUGGAGCAGGAUUAUGGUGGCGAUGAACAGCACUGCAGCGGAAUAGUGGCCAGUGGCUGAAGUUUGAAUAAAUCAUCUGUGAGUAAGUUGCUCAUGAUGAUAAAUUAAUAUCUCAUACACAACAUAACAUAGGGUACAUUGCUCCUAUUAUUGAAAGUAUUUAGUUUUAAUUUGUUGUGUCUUUGUAAUGUAGAGCAGACUGGAGAGGCUGACAGAGGCUGAACAAAAAUAAUUAUUAACGUCACCAAAUAGUGUGUUCCUGCCCCUGAGGCACAUUUUUAUGGAUUUCUAUUGGAAUUUUAUCACUGAUUAAAUAACAAGAGCACUUUCUAAACUUACACUUUACAUGUCAGAAUCCAUGGAAAAGGUCCUGUCUCCUCUGUACAGCACCUUAGUGGAGUCUCUCCUCGUUAUUGUUCUCCGGGCAUCGGGUCCUCACGGUGCACCAGCCCAGCCAACGGCACUCCAUUUGCCAGUGCAACAUUGUGCAAAACUGUACUGGUCCAAAUGAUGUCCCACACCCUUUCAGGAGUGUACAACAACGUCCCAGCUGCUGGGCCAAGACAGAAACUCCUGCCUUUUACGCAGCGCUCCACAGUGGCCCGUGUGCACAAUGUUAAAACGGCGCUCCUGCUCUGUGGCAGUGUUUCUGGGCAGAUUUAUCAAAUAGACCUAUUCACUAAGGACAUAACAAAUUUUAUUUUGUUGUAUUUACGUCUCAAUCUUUAAUGAAAUCUGGCUGAUUGUGCUUAAUGACAGGUUUGAGGUUUGUUUAUCAAUUAUUUUGAGACAGACAUUUUCUGCACCACAGAUCCACACUGACUCAAACUUGCGUACACGAUGUCAGACCUGUCGUGAGAUUUGGUUGUAGCGUAUGCUCACGUGCAGAUUGAUAAAUGCCGAUCCUCAUGUCGCAACUUGCGUACUCACGGUGUACGUGAGUUUUCCGUCAUAUGCAAGCUUGAUAAAUGAGGGCCAGUAUGUGUUAAGUCCUCACUUUGUCAUACUGCAUUAUAAAAGCAUAACUGUUAAGAACAACAAAAACACUGAGAUAGAGUUUUUAACUUCUUUCACCCACUUCUGAUAGAAAAAAGGAUGUACGGGUUGAUGGUGAGUGAACGGGUGGUUAUAAUUACCUGCUCACUUUAUAUCAUCUACUGUCUAGAUACCAAAAUAAGUUAAACACAAGCAUUUUAAUAAGGGGAAAUUGAAUAUGGAGUGAACAACACAGAUUGAAACCAGUCAAUAUGAGCCAUAAACCUGUGUGCCUUUAAAUCUAACUUUUCCUUCUUUGCUCACAUUACUCUCCCUGCAAAGCAUUAAAGUGGGAAAUUGCAACAACUAAAGAGGUUUUCCCGUCAGACAAAAGACAAGACAAGCCCAAACUGCUGUUGUUUACCACAUAUUAUUUUUGUGUUUUUAUACCAGCGCUAAAAUAAAACUAGGGCUGCAGGAUAUUGGAAAAAACCAACAUUGCAAAUUUUUCAACCCUGCGAUAUAUAUUACAAUAUUAAAAAACACAGGAAUUUUCACCAGAUAACCUAAAUAGCACUUUAUACUAUGCUGCACUGCUGAAAUCUUAUGGAGAGUUAACCUGCACUAUUCUUACCUCUUUUUGUGUAUGUUAUUAGAAUGGCUUCUGUCUGUCUUGGGGAUAUUUUUAGCUUGCUUUUAUUGUGCUAGGAUGUUAUUGUGGCAACAGAUGAAAGGCACUGCCAACACAGAACACCUGUUUUAGUUGACAUCAUCCUUCUUGUAACCCAAAUAAUUCCAGAUAACUGACGUUGCUUUUCUUUUUGGCAACAAAUCUUCAUUUUUGGUGGUUUUCUCUUGUUUGUUGCUCAUUUUGCAAUCGUUGUUGUUGUUACCGGUGUUGAGCCGGGAAACGUAUGUCCACCUUGAAAAAUGCACACCGUUCAUAGUAGGGUGGUCAUCGGACACGUAAAAUUUAAAACCCAUACAAUUCCUAUUUGUGGGGCCAAACAGUGAUGAGUAAUAAGGCUGCACGAUAUAUCGUUUGAGCAUCGUCAUCGCGAUGUAUGUGUGUGCAAUAGUCACAUCGCAGAGCCUGCGAUGUCGGAGGUGAAUGAACUCAUCUAAUUUCAAGGGUAGCUGACUGAGAUACACUUGCAUGUGACUCUGCAUGUGCUGUGCAGCGAUCCACCGAUCACCACCCCUGCACAUGUCCUGCACAUGGAGUGAGUUGCUGGCACUACCGGAGUUGAGCUGAGAAACGUGUGUCCACUGAGAAUUACUUUCAGAACACUACUCAUCACUGUUUAGCCCCACAAAUAAGAAUUGUUUGUGUUUUGCAUGCAAUUAUAGAUAGAUAGAUAGAUAGAUAGCUAGAUAGAUAGAUAGAUAGAUAGACUUUAUUGAUCCCAAAAAAUACUAAAAAUACUGAGUAUAUAAAAUAAAUACAGACUAAAUAUUCUAAACAUCCUAAGAGAUAAAAGUGAGAUAUGAAGAACAUGGGCUAUUGAAAUGAGUAAUAAAUAUGAAAUGCAAAGUAUUACAGAUGGGGUGAUAGAUAUACAGAAAAUUUAAGGUGCUCAGUAAUGUGAUGUGGUAGGAGUUUUAAAAAUGGACUAUACAGCAGACAGAUGUGAGUCCCUGUCUGACAGAAGAGAAUUAUUACAUUGUGCAAUAGCUUGUGGAAGGAACGAUUUCCUGUAUCUGUCCCUUCGACAGCAGAGCUGCAACAGUCUGUUGGAGAAGGAGCUCCACUGUCUGUCCAGAGUGAGGUGGAGAGGGUGGUCAGGGUUAUCCAUGAUGGAUAACAGUUUGUUCAGUGUCCUCCUCUCCACCACAACCUCCACAGUGUCCUGUUUGCAGCCAAUCACGGAGCCAGCCUUCCUGAUCAGUUUGUUGAGUCUGUUGGUGUCACUGGCUCCGAUGCUGCUCCCCCAACAAACCACGGCAAAGAAAAGUACGCUGGCCACCACAGACUGGUAGAACAGCUAGAGUCUGCUCAUCCCCUUCUUGUAGACAGCGUCGGUGUUGGGUUUCCAGUGCAGUCUGUUGUUGAUAUGGACGCCCAGGUACUUGUAGACCUCCACUUCCUCCACAUCUUCUCCCAGGAUGCACAGCGGCUGUGAAGCCGUCCUCUUCUUCCUGAAGUCGAUGACCAUCUAUCUGGUCUUGGUGACAUUCAGCCUCAGGUGAUUGCGUCCAGCCCACUCCACAAAGUUAUCCACCACUGUUCUGUACUCCCCAUCCCUUCCCCUGCUUAUACACCCAACAACAGCCGAGUGACUUGACUCGGAGUUGUACUGAAAGUCAGUGGUGUACAAGGUGAAAAGAAAAGGGGACAGCACAGUCCCCUGUGGAACUCCUGCUUCACUGACCACCAUGUCAGACAGAACACUGCCCAGACAGACAAACUGUGGCCUGUCCGUCAGGUAGUCGGUGAUCCAUGAGACAAUGGAGGUGUCGACACCCAUCACCCACAGCUUCUUACCCAGCAGCAGUGGCUGGAUGGUGUUGAAAGCUCUGGAGAAAUCAAAGAAGGUGAUUCUCACAGUGCUGCCACCACCAUCCAGAUGCAGAUGAGCUUGUUGCAGCAGGUAGAUGACAGCAUCGUCAACUCCCAAAUGGGGCUGGUAGGCAAACUGUCGAGGGUCUAAGAGCUCCUUCACCUGCGGCCUCAGGUGGGCCAAGACCAACCUCUCCAGCACCUUCAUUAGAUGGGAAGUGAGGGCAACUGGUCAUUAGUCAUUGAGGUCAGAUGGAGUCGACUUCUUUGGGACAGGAACGAGACAGGACAUCUUCCACAGCACUGGGACUCUCUCUUGACUCAGGUUCAGGUUGUAGAGGUAUUGGAUGACAGAAGACAGCUAGCUGGCACAGGUCCUCAGGAUCCUAGGGCUGAUGCCAUGAGGUCCUGCUGCCUUCCUCUGGUGGAGCCUCUCCAGCUGUCUCCUAACCUGGCCCGUAGUCACGGUCAUGUGGGGGUGGGGUGAGGGGGAGGGGGUGCUGAUGUCUCUAGUGGAGGGGGAGGUUAAGGGAGAGGGGGAGGAGGGGUGCUGCGCAGGAUUGCUCACCACAGGGGGGAGAGGGGGGAGGAGUUGAUGUGGUGAGGGAGUGUGGGGGACUGAGUGUAUGAGGGAGACAGACGGCUGUGAGCUGAACCUAUUAAAGAAAGUGUUCAGCUUGUUGGCUCUCUCCAGGCUGCCUGAUGGUUGCCUUUGUCUCCCUUUACAACCUGUGAUGUGCUUCAUCCCAGUCCACACCUCCCUCACAUUGUUUUGCUGGAGUUUGCCUUCAGCUUCCUCCUGUAGGUGUCUUUACACCCUCUCAGUUUCUCCCUGAGUUCAUGCUGCUCUCUCCUCAGCUCCUCUCUGUCACCAGAUUUGAAAGCCCUCUUCUUAUUAUUAAGGAGGGCUUUCAGGUCACUGGUGAUCCAUGGCUUAUUGUUGGGGAAGCAGCGGACAGUCCGGUUUGGGAUGGUGGAGUUUUCACAGAACCCGAUAUAUUCUGUGAUGCAGUCUGUCAUGCUGUUGAUGUCCUCCCCGUGUGGCUCACAGAGUACACCCCAGUCUGUUGAUUUGAAGCAGUCCUGCAGUGCCUCAGCAGCCUCCUCAGUCUACCUCCUCACCGUCUCCUCCACAGCUCCUCCAGGAUGUCGGGCCUGGCUCCGGGCUGCAGCACAGGUUUACUCAGCGCAAUCAGCUGAUCAUGCGUGUAAAUAAAGCGCUCACCGUAGCGUCUGUGAACCUCAGUUGCCAUGAGUUCUAAAGUGUCAAAAAGUGUCCAGAAAAAUGGACAGAAAAGUUCAAAAAGGACAAAAGUCGGUGUAUCAAGUAGUAAGACACUACCUGGUGAAGACACAUAUGUGUCAGGACAAAAAUGAAAGAGAAAAAGAUACAAAAGUAUAAAACACUCGGGAGCUGCUGUAACAGGCAGCACGGCGCCACAGCCUGAAGAAAAUUCUUGAAGGACAUGCGUUUCUCAGCACAAUCCCGGUAACAACAACAACAACCGCAAACUGAGCAACAAACAGAGAAAACCACAGAAGAUGAAGACUUGUUGCCAAAAAGAAAAGGAAAGUCAGUUAUGUGUAAUUAUUUCGGUUACAAGAUGGAUGAUGUUGACCAAAACACGUGUUCUGUGUUCAUCUGUUGCCACAAUAACAUCCUAGCACAAUAAAAGCUAAAAAUAUCUCUGAGACAAACAAAAGCCAUUCUACUAACAUUCACAAAAAGAGGUAAGAUCAGUGCAGGUUAACUGUCCUCAAGAUCUCAGCAGUGCAGCAUAACAUUAAGUGCUAUUCAGGUCAUCUGGUGAAAAUUCCUGUAUUUUUUAAUAUCGCAAUAUAUAUCGCAGGGUUGAAAAAAAAUGUUAGUUUUUUCCAAUAUCAUGCAGCCUUAAUGAGUAAUGUUCCGAAAGUGGGCGUGCGUUUCUCGGUACGGCACUGGCAGCGUCAGCGUCUCACUCCAUGUGCAGGGGCAUGGUUUCCUUCACUCUGAUUUUGAUUGACAGCUGGCAGGGUUGUCUGAUUGGCAACUGAGUAAAGAACAAAUGUGAUUGAUGGAUCGCUGCACAGCACAUGCAGAGUCACAUGCAGUGUAUCUCAGUCAGCUGGCCUUGAAAUUAGAUGAGUUCAUUCGCUUCCUACAUCGCAGGCUCUGCAAUGUGACUAUCGUGCACGUGUACAUAACGAUAUAUCGUGCAGCCCUCAAUAAUACCUGACUUGCUUCCUGACUUACUGUGAAAUCCAUUUAGUCAGUGAGACUGACAGUUUCGGCGAUAAACUGUGUUUCUGUGUCAUCCAGGGGCUUUUUUUAAUCCCACAAAGAAGAUCAGUGUAUUUACAGAGACUGUCUGGGUUAAAUCACUCAAAACUAAAGGAAAUCUGUGAUGAUUUUUGGAUUCAAUUUCAGGAAGCAGUGUCAUCGCUAGCCAACUAUGCUUAAUAGAGGCCGCCAUGUUUGUUUUGGUCAGUUGACCAAUCAUAGGUUGUAUCAGUUAUCAGCUGACCUGUAAAGUUCCAAUCAGAAGCCAGUCUUCCUGUUUUCAGCAGAGCAGUUAAGAUAAUGGUGAUAACAACGAUUCAGACUUUGUAGCACUUCAUCAGAGACCCUCAAUGCACUUUACAUUGGAAACAUCUUUCAUACAACGACAUGGGGCCUAUUCUACGAAGCAAGUUCGAGCUUGGAGCUACCUCGCUCAACUUAGCGCGGUAGCCAGCUGUCUUGCUAAACGGUCUUACGACGCUGGUUAUCAACCUCGUAAGAGGAUCCAGCUUUGCUAUGAGCGCAUGCACGCAUGUAAGGCGGGGCCCGCUGCAUCUGACCAAUCGCGAACAUGGACCAGUCUGGAGCGUCAGAGCAGGCCGGAGAGCGAAGGACCGCGUACUUUACAAACGAGGAGCAGGAGACGAUCAUGAGAAAGUAUGAAGAAUUCAAAUCUAGCAUAAACCUCAAGUGCAACACCAUCGCCGCUGCAAAAGCACGGCGGGAAUGGUGGCAGAAAAUUGAUCUUUGAUGCCAUUAUCACCCUGAAAUAGCACUGUUCAACGUGCGCUUUUAACUAAGGUGACCAGACGUCCCCGGAUUGGAUGAUCUGUCCCCGGCUAAAGCUGUCCCCGAAAAUGUCCCUGAUUUAAGCGUUUCGUGGAUGAGAAAAAAAAUGUUGCAUGUAUGCUAGAACAACGGUUAUUACAGUAGGUAGGAAGCACAAGUAAGCAGUCCGGAACAACAGUUUUUACUGAGGUUAUUCCAAGGGUUGUGCGCUGUUACUAAAUAGUACUGAGAUGUUGUCUGUUAUCACGCAGCCCAUGCAGCCCCUGCAGUCCCUGCAGCCCCUGCCCAUUUAUUUCCAAGAUGAAUUCAUUCAUUUGUUCAUUCCUAUCGUGUUUACAUUUUUUGUGUGAUAUCUGGGCCAUAUGAGCCUUUCAUAAAGGUGGUCAUCCGGAAAAGUAAGUGUGUCCGUGCGGUCCCUGAAAACUCUUGCGCACCGGAGUGCUCCUCAGACGAUGCGAGCACCGAGGUCUAUAGGAUCCUUCAAGAACAGACAAGCCAUUUUUCAAGACAGCUCAUUGGUCAGUGGGUGGGGUUUUUAUACUCAGUGAGUUCAACCUGGAACCUAACCUGCCCCGGAGCAGGUUAGCCAUUCAGCGUACGUUGCCAAGGAGACUCGCCUUGCUAAGAAGUGAACCUGCGUCGUAGAACAGGAAACCCCGAACUUACCCUCUAAGUUACCUCGCUAAGCAGUAAUCCUGCUUCGUAGAUUAGGCCCCUAGUAGUGGUAAACUACCUUAAUAGUCACAGCUGCUCUGGGGCAGACUGACAGAAACAUGGCUGCCAGUUUGCAUCAUCACCAAACAUCACUCACAAUCAAACCAGUGGAGGACACAUACCAGGAGCAAGGUGGGUUAAGUAUCUUGCCCAGGGACACAAAGGGCAGACAAGGAAUAGAGUGGAAUCGAACCACCAACCCUCCAGUUAUUGGACGUCUGCUCUAUCUCCUGCACUACUGCCGCCCUGAUAGAUGAUAAAAGUAGUAAGACAAUUUGUGUUGUUGACACCUGUUGAGGCCUUGAACUUAAGCUUAGCUUGAUUUCUAUCAGGUGUUGAGAUAGGUGAGUGUUGGACUUUGUAGGGCAACCCUACAGCUCCAGUGUUUUGAAAUGUGUGAACCAGACAGCAGAUGCAUUAUUGAGUGUGUAUAUCUGGAAAUAUAAUACAGUGAUCAUUUGUGAUAUGAUCUUUCUGGCACAAUAACAUAGAGUCCAUCACGGUAAAAUUGACAGGUGACAGAAGUAACUUUGUGUUUUUUUUAAAUCACAUCUUUGGGCUGUUCUAUUUCUUUAUUGGAAAGGAUAGGAUUUAUGUAUGAGGUAUGCAGGGCAUUGACCUUGACUGCUGGGUCAGAGUUCUUCAGAAGGGAAAAACAGGUCUGCAUGUAUUGGCAUUACUAUCAGCCAAAAUUAGUCAGAAAAUAUAGUAAUGUUCAAUAUCCCUGUGCUAAACCUGGAAUAUUUUGAGCGAUCUCUUUAAAAUCAGUCAAGAUUUAAAAGCAUUUUUUUGUAUGCCGGGUUUUAAAUGAGCUUUUUUUAUUUUUAUUUUUUGGAGUGGUUUGGAACCAACAUUAUUCCCACUUCAUAAAUGCUGAACAAACAUCCUCCUGUGUGGUGAUAUGUGGGUGAUGUAAAGAUGUGCAACGCAACAUGCAAUGACAAAAUAUUGGACUGAAAAGCUAAAUGGCAUCGGUUUCUGUGCCAUUUUCCUUAAUAUACAAAAACACAUUUAUCUAACCUCUGCAAAUAAUAAAGUAAUCGAAUCUCCUGCAGGCAGUGGGUACAUCGUCAAUUUAAUCCACUUGGAAAGCAUUUGAAGAAAACAAAAUUUAAUUCUCUAGGUGCUAAGAUAUGCAUAAACAGUGUCAUUUAUGAAUGAAAAACUGAUUCAGCAGUGUACAGUGACGUUUAGAAGUCCUGCUGAGACGUCUGACCCAGAAAACAAGCUCAGAACCCCAGAAAAUCACUCACACACUCUGCACCUCUAUCUUAAAUUGGUUCUGGCAGAAAUGAAGGAAUCCAUAGUUAACUUUCUCCUGUCUGGUUUUAAUUUUGUUGUUAUAGUUUCAGAUAUCUGAAAAUUAAAAUUGCAACACGCAGCACUGUUAUUUUUGAUUUAAAGUGCCAAACUGGGUGUCUAACAGCUCCACUUGAAGACAUGCUUGUCCAACCAUGACUUCUGUGCUGUUCAGCAGAGCUUCUCCUCUUCCUUUUCCUGCUGUAAUUGAAUGACAUAUUUAACCAGACAGCAGCCUCCAUGUUUGAACCAGUGAAGGUCAGGGCAAACAGUUUCAGCUCCAGCUGUUACUGCUUGACCAAGAGAUUUUGUGUAGGUAGUGUUGCAGUUUUUGGGGGUUAAUAGUUUACCCUUGCCUAAGAAACAAUAGCCCUUUUGCACUUUUUUUUGCCAAAGACACUACAGGCCAAAAGUUUGGAAGCAAGAUCAGAUUUGUACAAAAAAAGAUCAUACUUUCAUAUACAUGAUUUGCAACACAAUAAACAUGACUAUUGUGUAAAGAGUAACUUUUCAGAAGACAUUUUGACUAUAAUUAUUAGGUAUUUGAGUUAUUGUUGCUUAGACUUUGCUUUCUUUAAAGUAACCUCCUCUGGCUUUAACAACAGCUUGGCAUAUACCAGGCAUUCAUUCCACAAGUUUUUAAAGGCAUGUUCCAGGGAUUGCAUUCAAAGCUUUCUUAAGUUCAUUAAAAAGAGACUGCUGAUUCGUGGGACGCGUUUUUUGGACCGAUCGAUCCAAUUCAUCUCGCACAAGCUCAAUUGGAGAAAGGUAUGGAGACUGAGGGGGCCAAACCAUAUUUUGAAGAACACUUUCCUCUUCUUUUUUGUCUUGGUAACCCUGACAGAGCUUGGCAGAGUGCUUAGGGUCAUUGUCUUGCUGCAAAACAAGCUUAUGAGCCACGAGUCUGAGUCCAGAUGGAAUAGCAUGGUGCUUGAUAGUGGUGUGUCGGUCAUGAACGAACGGAUCAAAAGAACUAGUUCUUUUUGGUGAACGAAAUGAACGAGGUCAUCCCCCCUAAAUGAUCCGUUCAGUCCGUUCAGUUCUUUUAAAUUUUGCUGAAGAGUCAGUUCACCGUUCCUUAGGGCGGGACUGUCUCCGUGCUUGCCUGUCUUAUCCUAUCGUCACGCUCUGUGGGUGGGUGGGGCUCAGAGAAGCAGCAGCAGUACUGAGCUGACUGAAAGACCAGGACCGAUGACCAACUCAGUUUCCGUCUUUUCAGUCAGCUCAGUCUGACCGAGAGAUUGACCGACUCUCAGACUGACUGAGUACAAGCGUUCACUCUCUGCGAGGUGCUGUCAGCCUGUCACUUGCCGACCAACUUGCGAAUGCAACAGGAUGUACUGAAUAAAAUAAACUAAAAGGCAUGCAGGGGGUAUCCGUACUCACGAGUCCAACAAACAGUGCCGCGGCCGCCACGCGAGCCGGCAGCCGAGCGAGCGGGACAGUCACACACACAGGCACACAGCUGCUACUGCAGCCAGAGGCAGAGACUCACUAGCAGAAGGUUUAGCAUGCCAAGCUAACAAACAGCAGUUGAUAAGAGUAUGCAGGGUUGCUUGAGGCAGCCUGAUGCGUUUGUCCAGCAAAAUAUCCUGAUGCUGUACAGUGUCUGUGUACAGACACAUCUGUAUUCAGCCACCAUUUGAAUUAGUACCAACACGUAAUGUGCUAGCCUAGAUAUAUAGCUUGGUUUAGCUGGGUCAACAUGCCGAUGUUUCGGUGUAAAAAGUGACCCUGUUACCUGGAGACUUUCGAAAAAAUGCGCAUGAGAUUGUCCAAAGUCGCACAGCUGUUGAAUACGUAUCCUUAGAUCUCUCUGUGUUUUGAAUGUCAGCAAAGACGUAUCUGUUGGAAAUGCUUGAUUUUAUUGUCACAAAGGGAGCUAAGAGGCUCUCGUUCUCUCACGGGAACACCAACAAGCUCAGGCUCCCUUUCAGCUCAAUCAGGGAGGAGUUCAUAGUGGCAUGGACACGGGAACACCUGCAGUACUCAGGAUCCAGGGACACCAAAGUGUCUGGGGCUGGAAUCGUGGUGAGGACAGGGAGAAAGUGGAGGGCAGCCAAUGCAGUCCAGCAAGCUGAGUCUCGGCUGAAGCACAAGGCUAUCCCCGGCACAGUGGCACAAGGCAGAGCGAGACUUGGGAUGGCAACAUCCCCUGCCAGUGGGAGGGAGAGACAGAGGCUGGUGCAGGAGGAGGUGCGAGCUUCAGUGGAGGAGGAGCGAACCAGCAGAGCAGUGGCCAUGAAGCAGCAAGGAGCCUGGAUGAAGUGGGAGCAGACGUUGGAGCGGCACAUCACCUGUAAGGACAUCUGGCAGUGGAACCAUCAGAGGAUCAAGUUCCUAAUCCAAGGGGUGUAUGAUGUCCUCCCAAGCCCAUCUAACCUGCACAUCUGGGGCAAAAUGGAGACACCUCCAUGCACUCUAUGUUCCAAGACGAGGACAUUGGAGCACAUCUUGAGCAGCUGCUCCAAGGCACUGAGCGAGGGUCGCUAUCAAUGGAGACAUGAUCAGGUCCUAAAAUCCAUAGCUGAGGCAAUCAACAAGGGGAUUAAGGACAGCCGAUUCACCCAAGCUACAGCCAAGGCCAUCCAGUUUGUGAAGGCAGGACAGAAGCCAGGGAAAGCGCCAAAGAACUGCUCUGCUGGGUUGCUCUCCACGGCCCAAGACUGGGUGAUGACAGUUGACCUAGAGAGGCAGCUGAGAAUACCACCGCACAUCACCCAGUCCAAAUUGAGACCAGACAUCAUCCUGGUCUCUGAGGCUACAAGGCAACUGGUCAUGCUCGAGUUAACAGUUCCAUGGGAAGAUAGGAUGGAGGAGGUGCAAGAGAGGAAGAGGGAGAAGUACCAGGAGCUGGUGGAGGACUGUCAAAAGAACGGCUGGAGGACCAGAUGCAUGCCAGUGGAGGUGGGGAGCCGGGGAUUGGCCAGCCACUCCCUGAGCAAGGCUUACAGCACACUAGGCAUGACAGGAGCCCAUCACAAGAGAUCCAUCAACAGCAAUGCAAAGGCUGCAGAGAAAGCGUCGAGAUGGCUCUGGCUGAAGAGGGGAGAGAGGUGGGGGGAGUAGAAUGCCACUUGGACACAGGCUGGGGUCUGAUCAGCCUCGGUCGGGUCGCCUGGACGAGGGUGUCUGUUGUGAGACCCGAAACACCCAGUGACUCCAGGAAACAACACUGAUGAUGUGUCUAAGUCAGUGCAUCAGGUGAUGUUUGUAAAACCGUUCGUUCAGAGUCUGAACAGAUCUCCCCCUGCAUAAACCCGGUCAGCCGUGUCGAGUCAGUCCGUUCACUCACGUUCACGUUUGUUGAGCGAAUGGACUGACUAACGACCAAAAGACCGAAAUGAACGGAUCUUUUUAAUGAACAAACCGGAAUGAUCCGGUUCACUGAAAUGAACGGUUUUGCCCACCACUAGUGCUGGAGGAUGGAGUGGUACUGUUCCUUCUUCAUGAUACCCUUUACUUCAAACAAAUCUCCUACUCCAUCACCUGCAAAACAUCCCCAUACCAUGGAACUACCACCUCCACGCUGAAUUGUGGGUGUAACACAUGGUGCUUUCAGACGUUCCCAUGUUUAUCCUCUGCUUUUGUAGUAACUCUCUUUCGUCCAGGUCUUUUUCUAUCAUCAUAACUUCCAGGUUCCUCUCGUCUCUUCAGAGUGUAGUGGACUCCUUUGUUAAACACCUUUAGUUGUUUUGCAAUUUCUCUUUCGGUGUAUCCGUCUUUCCUCAGUGUACAAAUCUGUACUUUUGUUUCUUUACUCAGUUGCUUCUUUCUAGCCAUUUUUGGGGUAGUUUGAAUGCAGUUGAGAUUUAUUAGGAUUUUUGUAUGCAAACUCUCAAAAGCCCAAAAGUUGAAGUGAAUAAUCCAACUGUGCUUUUUUGCUUUUGCACUGAAGUUGUGACUCUUGCAAAUGUUUCCAACCCUAAAAUUAAGCCCUUAUUAUCUUUUUCUGACAUAUAUUUAGCAAUGGUCUGUUAACAUCAAUGUAUAUCUAAAGGUAAAUGGAGUAAAAUGGUGCAUUUCCAUGAAAGCAACAUCUGAUCAUGGAGUAAAUACAUCCCAAAAUACAUACAACUCAUGCUGGAUUUUAAAAAAAGCAUUGUGAACAAAAACUUGAAGUUACUCCCAACUGUUCGGCCUGUAAUGGCCUUGCUUCCAAACUUUUGGCCUGGAGUUUACAUCUGCAGCUAAACAGUAUGUAUGGCGUCACUGUUCAUAAAUAGUUCAGUGGUCUAGAGCAUCUCUCUUUCAAUCAAAUCUAACAAACAGAAACAUCUUACAUCCUAUUUGACUAUCUGCCUAUCGUCUAUCGAAAGUCUCAGGUAAAUCUAGGAGUUUUACUGAAGUCACAGUGGAGUCGCAGCAUGCUCCCGUCAUCUCGAUCGUUAAGUCGAAGGUGGUAAUCUGCGCUGUUUCAUAUUAGUCUUUUCCUAGUCUUGGGUUUGCGAUAAUACCAAAUGUGUUUGAUAUUAAUCGCAGGUGCAAUGUCGUAACACAACCAACAACCAAUAGAUGAGCUCUGACAAAAGUGGAAAAGGAAUCUGACAGUCAAAACAAGUAUAACAAUGUAUAUAGAAUUACUGGCGAUAAAAUGUCAAAAGUGGACAGUCCAGAAAGAGGAGCGGAUUGUGGGGCUUUGGGCAGAUCAGCCUUGCCUAUUCAACAUCAACUGUAGGGUUUCCCCAACAUGUAACGGUGCACCGCCACAGCUAAUUAAAAGCCGCCCCACCUCAAAAAUAUUUUUUUAAUGCGCUACUUUUACUCAGUAUGUAUUAUAUGCAGUGCACAUGGGCUUCAACUUGGUACUCACUAAUGCUGAUUAGUGAGUAUAGAGUACCGCUAAGAUAUGCAUAAACAGUGUCACAUGGUAAAAAACAGUGUCACAUAGAAAACUCUCUACCACUCUGGACUGUAUAUGUUAAACCUGUCAUAGCUGAGCAGAUAAGGAAAUAAUCGUUCACUUUGUUAUACAAGCAUGAAAUUUGGUACAUAUACUCUUCAAACCCCACUCUUUUCAAAAAUAACAUUAGCCAUGCAAAAUUCCAAGACGGCGGCCCCAAAAUCCAAGAUGUCCGCCCCAAAAUGUGGUUUUUCCUUUACAACUCAAAAUGACUUGAUUUUAAGCCCCAUACAUAUAUUGAAGUUGAAUAUAAAGUUGUUUUUGCAGACAUUUUGGUACCUAGUACAUCUCUGUAUCCAUUACGGUUCUUGAGAUACAGCAUAUAGAUACUUGUACAGAAUUGGCAGAGUCAGAAAUUUGUAACACCGAUUGUUGUUACGUGCAUAUGGUUAUAUGAAAAUAUCAUUUCCAUUAUCUGUUAUUUUCAUUAGGGUUAUAUCAUGAAAUUCGAAAACCAAGAUGGUGUCCAAGAUGGCUGCCAUUGCCUUGAAGUAAUCAUGAAUUCAGCAGAGAUGAAUCAUGAAUUCAGAAGGAUGAAACUUGUCAUAAAAAGUUAAAAAAUAGGCAUUUUGUGACAAUUUUCUGAUUUUUGUUAUGGUGUUAGGUAUGUGUAUAAGGUUUUAAAAAUCCACCGCAAACGAUAUGGGUACGCCCCCCUAGUGGUUUGUUUGCCCAGAAUCCAAAAUUCAACACCUCAGUUUGAAACCCAAAGUAAGUGAUAGAAGAGAUUUUUCAAUGGAUUCUGUUACUAUUGGGUAUGGGGAGUGGCUACUCUCUGGCUACUUGCGGGGGAGGCCACGUGGAGGCUGUCUCCACCCCCUUUUUUUUUUUUUUUUUUUUUUUGGGCUCUUUUUAAAUAAAUCUCUUCUAUCACUUGUUUUGGGUUUCAACCAUAUACUAAACUAUCUAACAUUAAAUACCAUGCAAACCGACCACUAGGGGAUGCACUCAACUUGUUUGCGGUGUUUUUUAAAAACCUUAUCAUAAUAAUAAUAAUAAUAAUACAUUUUAUUUGAAGCGCCUUUCACUCACUCAAGGACACUUUACAGAACAUAUAAAACAAUAAUAAAACACUAUUAACAAUUAAAAUCAUCAAUCAUCAAAACAGUUAAAAUCAACAAAGCAACAUUAAAACAUGAACAACAGCAAAGGAAUAAAUAAAGAAAUGAAUAAUAGCAAUUGAGAUUUAAUUUAAAAAAGUGAGUUAGGGGUGGUGGGAGGGAUAGGCCAGUUUAAACAGGUGUGUCUUGAGUUUGGACUUGAAGAGGGGGAGGGAGUCUAUGUUGCGGAUGUGUGAUGGUAAAGAGUUCCAGAGUCGGGGGGCAGAGCGACUGAAAGCUCUGCCCCCCAUGGUGCUGAGGUGAACAGGGGGCACAGUGAGGUGGAGAGAGGAAGAGGAUCGGAGGCGGCGUGAUGGAGUGGCGAGGUUGUGGGUGGCUUUAAAGGUAUACAGGAGGAUUUUGAACUGGAUUCUAAGUGGGACCGGGAGCCAGUGGAGUUGCUGUAGGAUGGGGGUGAUGUGGUGGGACGAAGGAGUUUUGGUGAUGAUCCGGGCAGCGGAGUUGUGGACGAGUUGAAGUUUAUGGAAAGACGUGUGAGGGAGACCGAAGAGGAGCGAGUUACAGUAGUCCAGACGGGAGGUGACGAGACUGUGGACGAGGAUGGAGGUGGAGUUGGGGGAGAGGGAGGGACGGAGCCGAUUGAUGUGGCGGAGGUGGAAGUAGGCAGUCCGAGUGGUAUGGCUGAUGUGUGAUUUGAAAGAAAGAGUACUGUCAAGGACGACACCCAGACUCUUGACCUGAGGUAAGGGGGAAAGUGAGGAACUGUCGAUGGGAAGGGAGAGACUGUCAACUUUGGAUAGGGUGAAUUUUGAACCUACUAGAAGAAUUUCUGUUUUCUGACUGUUAAGUUGGAGAAAAUUGGCGGUGAACCAGGAUUUAAUUUUGGAUAGGCAGGUGAUGAGGGAGGUGGGUGGGAGGGUGGAGUUUGGUGAGCUGGAGAGGUAGAGCUGGGUGUCGUCCACGUAGCAGUGAUAUUGAAUGUUGAAUUUAUGGAAGAUGGAACCAAGGGGGAGGAGGUAGGUGAUGAACAGCAGGGGCCCCAGGACAGAGCCCUGGGGCACACCUGAACUGACUGGGGAGGGGUCGGAUUUGAAGGAUUUGAGCUGUAUGAACUGUGUGUGGUCUGUGAGGUAGGAGUGGAACCAGCGGAGGGGAGUGUGGGUGAUGCUGAUGGAGGAGAGUCUACGGAGGAGGAUGGGAUGGGAGAUGGUGUCAAAGGCUGCACUGAGGUCGAGGAGGAUGAGGAUGGAAAGUGAACCGGAGUCAGCUGCAGUGAGAAGGUCAUUGGUGAUUUUUAGCAGUGCGGUUUCGGUGCUGUGGCGGGGGCGAAAACCAGAUUGGAAGGGGUCGUAGAGGGAGUUCUGGGUUAGGUGGGUGUGUAGUUGGUUGGUGACGACCUUUUCCAGUAUUUUGGCUGUAAACGGUAGAUUGGAGAUGGGGCGGAGGUUGUUGAAGUUAUUGGGAUCAGAGCCAGGCUUUUUCAGGAUAGGGGUGAUGGCUGUUGUCUUGAGGGAUGCGGGAACAGUUCCAGUGGUGAGUGAGGAGUGAAUGAUGGCAGAUAUGAGAGGAAGAACAGAUGGGAGGCAUGAUUUGACCAGUGUGGUGGGAAGGGGAUCCAGCUGACAGGUUGAGGGUUUGGAUUUACGGAUGAGAUCGUAGAUUUCAGAGUCGUCGGGGAGAAGAAAACUGGAGAAGUACUGAUGGUGUGGCAGGGGAGUUGGUGGGUUCGGAGGGGGUCCAGGGGGGAGAGAGCCUGAGUGUAGUUGUUGGUGGAUAGUAGAGAUUUUUUCAUUAAAAAACUGCAUUAGGGUGUUGCAGGUGUCGGUUGAAUACAAGUGGGGAGGGAGGGAGUCCGGUGGCUGGAGAGAUUUGUUGAGGAGAGUGAAUAGUGAUCUGGUGUUUCCUUUGUUAGAGAUGAUCUUGGCGGAGUAGUGGUCUGUCUUUGCUUGAGAGAUUGAGUGUUUUGACUGGAGUGAGGGAGUUGAGGAUGUUAUUUAAACAGGUGUUGUAAUGGGAUGUUAUGUCAUCAGGGGUAGCGGAACAGUCCGGGAUCAAAGAGUGUCAAUGUUUAUGUUCUUAAGGUUGCGGAAUGAAAUGAGGCGUGGUGAAUUAAUUCUAGUGAGGCAGAGAGGAAUACUGAAGGAGAUGAGGAGGUGGUCACUUAAAUGGAGAUCAUCAGCUGUGCAGUUGGAUGGGAUGAGGCCAGAGCAGCAGAGUAGAUCCAGAGUGUGUCCUUUAGUGUGUGUCGGGAAGUUGAUGAAUUGAUGGAGUCCAAAACUGUCAAGGCAUGAUGAGGAGUCUCUGGUGAGGGGCAGGUUGGGGUUGUCUAUGUGUAUAUUGAAGUCCCCCAGUAUUAUUGUGUUUGGUGAGAGUGUGCAUAGAUGGGUGAGUAGAACAGAAAAGUCAUUUAAGAAGUCAGAGUGGGGCUUGGGGGGGCGGUAGAUGGUGGCAAUGAUGGUGGGAGUGGGCCCAGGGAGUGUAAGUGCCAGAAGUUCGUAGGAGGAGAAAAGAGGCAGGGACAGCGGUAGAACUUUCCACUUCUUGUGGUGGAUGAUGGCGAUACCUCCACCACGGCCAUGGCUGCAGGGGUGGGAGAGGUAGGUGAAGUCCGGGGGGGUGGAGUCGUUGAGUGAUGAGAAGUCAUUUGGUUGUUGCCAUGUUUCAGUGAUGCAGAGGAAGUCCAGCUUGCGGUCAGUGAGGAGAUCGUGGAUGAUGUGUCCCUUGUUGGUGAGUGAGCGGAUGUUGAGGAGUCCAAGGUUGACAGAGGUAUUGUCAUGUUUGGUGUGGAAGGGAGCCGGCAUGGAUGGGCUUGCUAAAACAGAGUGAUUGACAGUCCGGGUGGUGUUUCUAUCAGAGUGGUGUCUGUUGGUGAUAUGGACAGGAAUAGGGAGGAGAUGGAUGCUACUGUAAUUAUUUGGGAGUGGGGAAAAGAUGACGGGAAGACCUGUGGCCGAGGGAGUCGGUGACAGAAUUUGCCAGCAGGGGGAGCUCAGGGGAGGACCUGUCAACAGUGGGUGCACCACAGAGGGGGAGGGGUGUGUGUGUGGGGGGGAAGUAAAUAGUCAGUCACAUGGGAAACAGUGUACAGUGUGCUGCAGGUUAGCCGCUAACAUGCGGCUACCUGUGGUGUUCGGGUGGAUACCAUCCGAUUUAAAAAGGGACGAACGGUUCCAAAAAAGAUUAAAAUUGUCCACGAAGGCAAAGCCAUGGGCUUGGCAGGCAGAUUGGAGCCAGGUGUGCAAGCUAAGCACUCUGCUGAAGCUCCCGCACCCAUGACCAGAAGUGGGAAUGGGACCGCUGAUAAAAACAGACAGUUCACAGUUCUUCAGGAAGUUAAAAAGUUGGGUAAAAUGGUCCUUCGUGAGCUCGGUCUGGUGGAGGGAUGUGUCAUUAGUACCGACAUGGAUUAUGAUUCUCUGGAUGGAAGUUGGCAGAGAUUUUAACAGAGUGGGGAGGAGUGUUAAAAUGUCAAGGACCCUCGCACCAGGGAAACACCGCGUGAUGGCGUUAAAAAAGCGGAUGUUUCUCAUGAUGGAGUCGCCCACAAUUAAAGUCAUCGGAGGGAAAAGUGGACGUGGAGAUUGCGUGACUGGAGAGGAAUAUGUCGGAGGAGGGGGGGAACUCACCAAGGAGGACAUUGGAGACGAGACGGGAGGGACACGGGCCAGCCGCGGUGCAGGUGUGAAGCACGGCACUAAGCGCCGCCGGAGGGCCCCAGCGUGCGGAUGGUCGGGCAUGCGAGGCGGACAGGACGGGGACGGCGGAGAGCUGGAGGACCUGUGAGACAGCCGGGUGGACAUCGGCUGGGAUCCCGCGGGCAGUGGGGGGAGUCAUGGAGGUCCAGGAUGUUAAACGUGUUCUCCAGGUGGAGGUGGAAGAGGGGAGACUGAGGUGGGAGCCUUGUUUUCCUGGUGCGGGCGGUGAUGCGGUACCAGUGCUCCUGCAGGUAUGGAGUGGAGCUAGCCGGAGGCUCUGGUUUAGCCUUGGGUUGUGCUCCCAGCCUUGUUGAGGAGACGUCGGGGGAGAGGGAUGGAUGAGCAGGCGGAGGAGAGGUGGUCGCAGCAGCCGGGAGAGAGGUGUUGGGAGCGGUGGGGUCUGGAUCCGAUGAGCCGGUGGAGCCGGGAUGUGGUGUUCUGAAGACGAUGGUGUCCAUGAGUUUCUUGGCUUCCUGGAUCUGGUAGAGGGUGGAGAUCCUUCGCUCAAGCUCCUGGAUCUUUUCCGCCAGACAGGCACAGCUGGCACAGCCGGAUGGAGAGGAGUGUGGAGCCAUGGCUGAAACAGAGAGAACAACAGCCAGCAGACAGCCAACGACACCAGGCAGGAUCUGAUAGAGGACAGUCUGGAUCGGGGAUUGAACUGUGAGAAGGACACUCACACGCCAGGUCUCUGACCUGGAGCCCGCACCGGUGAGGUAGCAGAUCAGACAACACGGGAGGAGACUUACCGGCGAGGGCCCCGGAAGAGGGCCCGCUGUUGGUCUCAGGUAAGUCUCUCUUUGCGGCGUUCCAGCCGUGGCCGAUGUGACCGGGGGUGUUUAUUUAAUCCGUGUGGGUAAUGAUGGUCGAUCGGUGUAUUCGGAUGGAUGCCCUUGGUAUCUGCAAUCAGUCUGUUAGAGUAGCUGCAGUCAGUCUGUUAGAGUAGCUGCACUCCACAGGGCGCCGCCAUCUUGGUCAUGUUGCAGCAUGUAUACCCAGCAUGUAUACCCAUACCUAACACUAUACUAAAAUCCAGAAGUUUACAAAAUUCCCAAAUUUUUCCAGAUCCCAUCUAAGCUAAGUACAGAAUUUAGACGUUGAUAAAAGCAGGUAUUUUAGUACCAUGUGCAUCUAUUACAGUUUGUAAGAUACAGCAUACUUACUGUGAGUUACACCUCACAGUUUCAACUGCACAGAGCUGUACACAUGAGACCCAAUUUGUAGCACUUGCACCUGCCACAACAGCCAGAUUUACAGCCACAUUUGGUGAGCUGUUCGCAUGUCUUGGCUAUCGGAGAGUUGGCUGUCCAGAAGACCUGCCAUUCCUCAUCAACCUUUUGCCAUCCCCAGUCUGCAUUGUCCUUUGCUUCUGGCUGACACUGGGUUGCCUGGGCCCACACACAACCAGCCUGAUAGGCAGCACGCCUGGUGUGUUGGAGUAGAGCUACUCUGGUUGGUGGGAUAGACCCAUAGGGCCUCUGCUUUCUGGCAAACAAGUCAAGCCUGGCCUCAUCCACAGUAGCAGCUGUGCUGGAUCUGUCAUACAUGUGAAUGACAAACUUCUCAAGCACCUCUGUGUCACAGUCCUCCACUGUGGGAGGGUAAAUACCCAGUUUGGCGAAUACAGGCAAGGAUUCUGGACAUAUGUCCCAUGUAUGCCAAGCCAUUUUUUUGCCUUUGUUGCGGAAGGCAGACACAGUGUCACAUCCUGUAAAGGCAUGGAAGAAGAGCAUGCCUUUGACCUUCUCCUGGCCAACAUGCUGAAAUAUGUCAUGCACACUGAUCCAGUGCAGAGUCUGACCUUGCCCAAAUGCAAGCCACAUAUGCUGUAGGCCAGCCUCUUGGAGACCGCUGAAUACACUUAUUGCUAAGAUCAGAACAUCUGUGUCAUUUGCCUUGAUCAUGAUGGAUUGGCUACCAGUUUCAUGUUUGGCGCGCACAAAGAUGCGGCUGUCCGCUUCCUCGUGAGAGCAUUUAUCCAGUCCGUCAAGACCAGUUGCAUGAGUGCUGAGGACAGCAGGUCCCUUUGUGACGACAUUUGUGCAACCUUGUCGGCAAGGGUGGAACAACUCUGUUUUGUCGUCAUUGUGCCUCAGGAAGUUAUGCCAGUUAGACAGCAUGGUGUUCAUAUUUAUUACCUUGUGUCUUCCCCCCUCGCCACGUUUGGACCUGGUCUCAGCUUUAAGGCUUGAUGGGUUUUUCACAUCAAAGACCAGAUGUGUCAUUGUGUACUUGCUGGAGUACAUGUAGAUCACAGGUAGGAAGUCGAGAACUGCAUAGUCCUCAAAAGUCUUGGAUCUUUUUGGUGGCAGGGCGUGGUCCAAAGCUGACCCAUCUACAAUGAGAACGUCUGCCUCAGGUUCCUUGUCAACUGGUGGGACAUAAUUCUCAAGGAUAGGGGUCAGAUGAGACUUCUGGCAAGUGUACAAUUUUCCACCCUUGCUCAAUGCAACAGGGAAGGACUGGUUCUCAUGCUGAAAGAACUCCUGGAGGUCAUGCUGAGUUACACAGCAGUGAUAUCACCAGUGUGCCCUGGUUGUGUGCCGAUAUUCACUCUAUUACAUCCGCAAACUUGUACUGUACAAACGUCUAAAUUCUGUACUGCAAUGGCCCCAUUGGAUGCAUAGACCAAAAAUAUGUGCAUGCCAAAAGUAAAUGUCUCAUAGUCACUAAGAUCGGAUUACUUCAAGGCAAUGGCAGCCAUCUUGGACACCAUCUUGUUUUUCAAAUUUAAUGUUAAUAGGCUCAUGAAAAUAAUAGAUAAUGGAAAUGAUAUUUUCAUAUAACCAUAUGCACGUAACAACAAUCGGUGUUACAAAUUUCUCUUCCAAUUCUGUACAAGUAUCUAUAUGCUGUAUCUCAAGAACCGGUUUACAGAGAUGUACUAGGUACCAAAAUGUCUGCAAAACACAACUUUAUAUUCAACUUCAAUAUAUAUAUGGGGCUUAAAAUCAAGUCAUUUUGAGUUAUAAAGGAAAAACCACAUUUUUGGGGCGGACAUCUUGGAUUUUGGGGCCGCCAUCUUAGAAUUUUGCGUGGCUAACGUUAUUUUUGAAAAGAGUGGGGUUUGACGAGUAUAUGUACCAAAUUUCAUGCUUGUAUAAAAAAGUGAACGAUUCGGGCUACAUUAUGCAUUUGUCUGCUCUACUAUCAGGAAAAUGAACUUCUGAACCAAAUUUCAUGACAAUUAAUCUCAUUUCUCAUGCUGUUUAACAUAAAAACACAACCUUUAACGUCAUAGUACUGAAUGCUGGGAGUCAUAAAUUCACAGUUUUUCUCCUUUAUGGAAGGACCACAGUGUUAGGUUGUGUAUGACACUCAAAUUUGUGAAUAAAUUAAGAAAUCUUUAAACUACUGUAUUUUAACUUAUUUUUACAAAUGGAAUAUUUAUUGUAUUUAAGUGAUGACACAUCCAGUAAAAGUUUUUGAAUAUUGACUGGUGAAUUACCAUGAGACUUUCAACUGAGUACGCUCCUGUCCUGACUUUACAAACGAUUGAUCUCAAGAAAACUAAACUGGGUUUUGUUCACAGGCAUAAAAGAAGUUUUUUACUCUCAUCACCUUUCUUAUGGGUCGUUCCAUGUCAAUUCAACCAAGAAUCGCCACUCACGUCACAGAUUUUGAUGAAAUUUGGUGGAGUGAUUGGCCUUCGGGAGAAACUGUCAGAGCUCAAAUAUUUUUGUUCAAAGCCAUCUAAUUAGUGAGAUAGGGGCUAAUGAAUUUUUGGCUAACUAGCAUGACAUGCCAGUUCAUAACAUUUUUUCCCAAAUUGGACCAGAAAAAAAAUUAUAAAAGACCAAAAACUUAAAUUGUCUUCAUAUUCACACUUAAGAAAGACUAUCAUGUCCACUAGCAUCCCUGCAAGUUUUAGGAUGGGCAUUUCAUAACUUUUUAAGUAAUCAGUCAAAAUGCGUGGUACGUUAGGUCGAAAAUCGCCAUAUUUGGCACAUUAUACAGUCCUGACCUCAUCUGGAGUCAGCCCCACUUGCCUGCUUGUGUAAAAUAUUACUUCCUCAUAGUGCAAAAUGCUUUUUUUGAGUUUUUUCAUUUGUAUGUUAUCCCAUAUUUAUAUGAAAAAUGGCUAGAAUAGCUUAUUUUUGCUCAGUUUUCCAUCGCAUUUCAUUUCUAUUUGCACCUAUUCCAGAAUAUGAAUGAUCUUAGCUUCAUGGGAGAAUCAUUUGGGCAUACCUGCAUGUCCUGGAUCCUAGGGUUGACAAAUAACUUCUACCUAUGCACCCUGAAAUUUUGUUGCUGGUUUCCCUGUGAAGUAUUCCAGGUUAUUUAUCCUGAGCCCUUUCAACGUUUCCUUUAUACUUCAAAGGUACUCUUGGUCAAAAAGAUAGAACUUGAAGAGAGCUUUAAAAUGACACCUGAAUCAGCUCUCUAGGUGCCAUACUUCCAGAGAUAUGAACACUUUUGUAACACAUGUCAUGCUAGUUAGCCAAAAAUUCAUUAGCCCCUAUCUCACUAAUUAGAUGGCUUUGAACAAAAAUAUUUGAGCUCUGACAGUUUCUCCUGAAGGCCAAUCACUCCACCAAAUUUCAUCAAAAUCUGUGACGUGAGUGGCGAUUCUUGGUUGAAUUGACAUGGAAUGACCCUUAUGUAAGAUCGAGUAUUUUUAUUUGAUCUAUAUUCCAGCAGAUCCAUGAAAAAGAGGAGGAGGAGAUGAACGAGAAGAAUGACAACACCCACUGUCUGAACGAAGAGCCGCUCAUCACAGCUGAUCAGGUCUGUGUUCAUCGUUAAACAGCAACGUUGACAUCCUGUUUCUUGAACCUCAUUGAAGAACUCUUUCAACUUUGCAUUUUGAGCUUUGCUCAUCAAGAACUUUUUCAGUUUUUGAAAGUAUCAUCAUAAUCACUUAAUUCUCUCCAGCUGAUCAUUUUAAUUGCAUAAUUUUUUAUAUUUGUCAUAUUUGCCCAUACUCAACUUUUCAAGCUGUAGCUUCGUGAUAGACACCAUGCUGAUAAGAUUGUGUAGUCCCACUUUCAAAGCUUUUGGCAGGUAAAACAAGCACCAGUACAGUAGUUUUAAAGGAUUUGGGAGCUUAGGGUAGAGUACUGUAGAGAAAAUACUUGGUAAUAAGCAUGCUUAGUUUUGAGUCAUUUAGUGAGCACAUUGCAUUGCUGAAGUGCUUGUCUGUUGUACGCUGCUGUAGCCUGUGUAAACACCAAUCAUGUUCAGAUUUAGUGGCUCCACUCUCCAGACAAAUGGAUGGUGAAUGCAUGCGCACUUAGACCAGGGGUCGGCAACCCGCGGCUCUGGAAUUUGAUUUGAUUUGAUUUGAUUUGAUUUGAUUUGAUUUGAUUUGAAUAAACCAUGUUAAAUUUUUUUAUCGCUCAAAAUUUGCAUCAUAACUGCCGAUUUGGGAAACCAAAAACCUGUGUGAAGAUGAAUGUGAUGUCACACAGCCUGGAUGUGGAGACGAUGUGCUCUGAGAUUCAGGAGCGAAAGUCACAUUAAACAAGUAAAUCUCACAUUUUAAUCAGCUAUUAUUUUGCAAAUAUAUAUCUUAUAUUGUUCAGUGAAAUUGUGUUUUUUAUUCAGCGCACACACUUGUUGCGCGAUUAUCCUCUCUACUCCUCCGAGUGUGGCCUGCAUAGCAGGGCUCCAAGGGCGGAGCUUGCAGUUGUAAAGUAGGAAAUCUCCCUGCGUCUGAGACUACCGUUUGGCUCUGCCAGAGAUUCACAGUGAUUUGAAUGCAGAAAUACUCAGAAAUGCAAUUUCACGCUAAUAUUACGUCCUGUAUUAUGUCCUGUAGCAUCAGGAAAAUGAUAUAUGAACAUGUAGACAAGAACAACAUGAUUUUCAUUAUAGUGGGUCUUCAAGAUUAUGUCAAACUGUUUAAAAUAUUUUUGUUUGCCUGCAGAAAUAACAUUUCUUUUUCUCUGCAGCAGUUCAUUUAUUUCACAAAUGCAACUUGCUACAGUUUUUAUAUACUUUGUAUAAAGGUAAAAAAAAAAACAAUAUAUGCAAUGUUAUCUUCAUUUUAGAUGUUAAAGAGGUUUUGUGGCUCCCUGUGUUUUCUUUUCUGUGGGAAACUGGUCCAAAUGGCUCUUUGAGUGUUUAAGGUUGCUGACCCCUGACUUAGACCUAUCUCCUGAUCUUUUCCCUGUCCAUCAGCUCGGCUGUAACACAUCCUUGGAUCUCUCUCUUUCGCUCUUCAGGUCAUUGAGGAGAUUGUCGAGAUGAUGGAGAACUCUCCAGACCCUGGUGAGACUGAGGAAGAGGAUGAGGAGGAGGGCAGCCGCUGCUCCUCCAGAACCAACUCCUCCCUGCUGGAGGAGAUCAGGCAGCUGUCACUGGCCUCUAACAACAACUGCUCCUAUGAAGGUAAACAUGAAAAAAUCCAUAUUUAUUUUUCAUUACUGCGAUUUUUUGUUAACUGUUUUGAGAUGUGAAAGUGAGGAAAGCCCUAAUUUUAGAAUUGCUCAAAAAAGUGGUCUGCAUCUAAGUAAACUAUCUUUUUACAUCCUACCCACUGAGGGCGGCAGUAGCUCAGGAGGUAGUGCGGUCGUCCAAUAACUGGAAGGUUGGCAGUUUGAGUCCCCUCAAUGUCUUGUCUGUCUGUUGUGUCCUUGGGCAAAACACUUAACCCACCUUGCCCCCAGUGUGUGUCCUCCGCUGGUGUAUGAUUGUGUGGUGGUGGUGGUCAGAGAGGCUAGAGGCACAAACUGGCAGCCAUGUUUCUAUUAGUCUUCCCCAGGGCAGCUGUGACUACUACGGUAGUUUACCACCAUCAGGGUGUGACUAUGUGAGCGAAUGAAUUAUGUAUCCAACACAAAGCACUUAAAGGGUCCCUGAUAAAGUGCUAAAAAAAUCUGAUGCAUCAUUAUUAUUAUUACUCACUAAAAUGUUUGCAGGACCAGAGUCACAGUGAAAUCAUUUUCUCACAAGAUUUUAAGUUGAGAUUAAAAACAUUUUUGAUGAGGACAACUCAGUAAAAAGGAGUGCUAACAUUAAAAAUUUAAGUCAUUUGACACACAAAAGAAGUUGUCAUAAUGUGUCAUGUUGUGAGAUUAAAGUGGUGAUGAAGUGGUAGUUUUGGUUCACGGUGAGCAGCCAGCUGUCUGGACCAAAAUGAGGAACAGAAUCUGGGUAAAUUGUCUCUAAUAAGAUAAAUCUUUGUUCAUCCCAUGGUGUGGAAAUUUGCAAUGUUUUGUCUCCUCAGCUUCACAUUGGUUUAAGUAUCCCCUUAUCAAAAAUAAGUACAUUUCAUAAAGUAUACUGAAGUACAUACCUCCCAAAGUAUACUAUGUACACUGAUACAAAUGUACUACCAGUGUAUUUACAAGUAAACUAAAUUUCUUGGAACUAAAUUGGCACAAUUUUAGUUCAUAAAGGUACCCUUCAAGCAUAGUUAAAAGUAAACAUCUCAGUAUACUACUAUUUUACCAGUAAUAAAUCUGUAGUCCCCCAUUUAGUUUUUAAAAGUACACUCUGAAACAUACCUUUUUUUUUUGGUGGGGCCAUUUUUGCCUUUGAUGGAUAUGACAGAGCGGAAAUGUGGAAUAUAAAGCGCAGUGUUCUUCGCUCUCAGACUGCAAGGACAGCUCAGCUUCUCCUAAAAUGUAAAUUAAAAAAAAAAAAAAGGUGGUGAAAUAUGUACUGCUGUGUACGUUUCAUUUACUAAAUAUGUGCUAGAACAUGUUUAUCUUUUGUUUAAAAUCAGCUACUUAUCACAGUUAACCAACACAACUUCGUUGUCAUUCAUCCCUGCUUUACACAGUCUGACGCUGAGCAUCUACUGACUUCAAUGGGAAGUGUAUAGUGGGUUGUUCCACUGCACGAAACUUCGGUCAUUGGAUAAAUGUUGCGUCCCAUCGGACGCUCAGCAUCUCUGGGUGUCUAUGGGCCAAUGGGCUGGCCUGGACGCCCGGCCUCUGUGUGAUGAUUGGAUGGUCUGUCUGAUUCUUUUUGAUUGACAGCAAAAUGAGCGAAUCUUAAAGUAUAAACAUCCACGGAAACAUUUUCCAAGUUUUUCAUUUCAUUGUCCUGCACUGAUCCAGAGACUUUACCAAUCCCCAGUGACUUUGGCUGUGUCUCAUUUCAGAGGCUGUGUUUCAUUUCAGAGACCGCACCGUCGAACGGCGCAUUUCAAGUGUGCGUGAUGUCAUCAUGUGGCGCGAACGGUGUCCCAUUUGGCUCGUACUUCUGAGCGCUUCAAAUGCAGCUUCAAAACCACACUACCCCCGCCCCUUUUUCAAGCGUGCAUGUAUGCACGCUUUCAUGGCCUUGGUAUCCCAGAAUUCUUUGUGUGCCGCUGCACAGUUGCACAUUUCGGGUGAGAGCCCGGACUCGCUUGGAGAUGCAGUGCGUCUUCAAAGAAAAUAAAAUAAAUCCAAAAACAGCAGACAGUCAGCUCAGGCUGUAAGAGCGCAUGAUCUCUUAACUCACUAAAAUCUGUAAAUCAAACAUUAUACUCUUUAAAGACGAACUGAUCCGCUCUGCUACAACAAUCAAAAACAUUAGAAAUAAGAAAGCUGACAAAACCACAUCUGGAUAUCAGGGACACAUCGAGAAAGUUGUAAAUUUAGGAGAAUAAAGUCAUAAAUAAAGUAAAUAAAGUCAAAAAGCUACUUUUGUGGAGGGGGAAAGGACUGAACCGGUCAUCUGCAGGGUUAUCUGUGGAUGCAUCAGUGGGCCACUGGCGGUAACCUACACCUGCAGAGACACCAACACCUUAUUAUGGCAUAUGGAUUCAUAUCAUAAACUAAAGCUCAAUGUCAUUGACGACUAUUUACGGCUGCAUGAAGGAUUUAUCCACAGCAUAUCCAUUUCUGCCUCCACAAAAGCAGUGAUUUACUCCAAGUCCACCUGUUUUUUUUUCCUGUGGAAAAGACGUAUUUCUCAUAUAUUAUUUUUAAAGUCCUUAUACUUAUGACAAUGUAAUGCUGAUGUGCCAAAGGAUGAAGUAUCUCCUUGUUCAUGAAACCUAUACUGAAGCACAGUUCCUUCAAAUGCUCCAUGGCCCUAAUUUUAACAAUUCUCCUUUGAAAUAACAGGUAACAUUACGACUUUAUUCUCAAAAAUUAAUGACUUUAUUUUCGUAAAUUAAUUACUUUAUCCUCAUAAAUGAAUGACUUUAUUCUCGUCAAUAAACGACUUUUAUCUAGAAAUCUUUUUAAAAAAUUCUCAAUAUGGCCCUCAUACUCCUUCAUAAAAAACAUGAAAUCACUGGAUGAAUUUUAUGGAAAUGAUCUGUGCUUGUAUGUAUCUACUGUUUUGUGUCUUUGCAAGGUCGCACAAUUAAAUAAUAACUGCUGCGCUCAGCAGCUUUUCUCCAUGUCAGACGUGACGUGAGCCUGAGGGCGGGGACAUCAAACUUCCUCAAACUCAACUCCGAUAAAACAGAACUCCUCUUGGUCGGUACUAAGUCCACUCUCUCCAAAACUGACAGUUUCUCCCUCACCAUAGACAACUCCACACUGUCCCCUUCCCCUCAGGUUAAGAGUCUGGGUGUCAUCCUCGACAGCUCACUAUCUUUCCACUCCCACAUCAGUAACAUCACCUGGUCUGCAUACUUCCACCUACGAAACAUCAACCGACUCCGCCCAUCACUCACUCCUCACACCACAGCUUUCCUAGUCCACAGUCUUGUCACCUCCCGUAUUGAUUAUUGCAACUCACUUCUCCUCAGUGCCCCUCACAAAUCCCUCCAUAAACUUCAACUUGUCCAAAACUCUGCAGCCCGUAUCAUCACCAGAACCCCCUCCUUUCACCACAUCACCCCUGUCCUUCAGCAGCUUCACUGGCUUCCUAUCCGGUCCAGAAUCCACUAUAAAAUCAUACUGUACACUUUCAAGGCCAUUCAUAACCUUGCCCCCCCUUACCUCUCUGAUCUCCUCCACAUCGCCACCCCCUCACGCUCCCUCAGAUCCUCCUCCUCCCUCCACCUUUCUGUCCCCUCUCCCCGGCUCAGCACCAUGGGGAGCAGGGCUUUCAGUCGCUCUGCCCCCAAACUCUGGAACUCUCUCCCCCCGGAUCUCAGAAACAUGGACUCACUACCCCACUUCAAAUCAAAACUCAAAACACAUCUGAUCUAAAUUGCAUAUUCCCUUUAACUGUCCAUCUUCAUACCUGUAUGUUGUUUUUAUUUAUUUUAACUGUGUUUUAACUGUGUUCUUAACGCCCUGUACAGUGUCCUUGGGUGUCCAGAAAGGCGCUUUUAAAUAAAAUGUAUUAUUAUAUUAUUAUUAUCAUAUUAUUUGGCGACUCAACCAGGAAGUCCUCCGAAGGGUAGACUGUCCCAAUUCACAAAAACCGGACCAUCUCACCCAGGAUCCUCAAGUCCACAUAACAGCAGUGCGCUCAGCUAAGCGCGCUUGAGCACGCUCAGCCGUAUGCAGUCUCUGAAAUGAGACACAGCCUUUGUCUUUGUUAAAAAUGACGAGUGUUAUAUUUGGCGACUCUUACCCCACCAUCAGCAGCAGCUGCGGAGCUUCUCCCCCCCGUCAUGAUCACUCACACUCACAGGGGUCACACUUCACAGUAGCCUCACGCAGCAGCCCCAGCCGCUAGCAAGCUGCACAUCAUGGCAGAUAUGAUGAAUGUUAUCAACCGGAUUUUGGCAAAGCCAUUUUAUAGUCUUCCUUACGAAGAAAAAAUUAUAGCUGAACAGCAGGGCAGGUCAUCUCCUAAGAUAGAUAUAGUGCAAAAGGUGGGGAAUAGUAACAGGUAUUUUCAGUUGUCCUGGUAUGACUAGGUUGAGCUGGCUGACUGGAAGGGCUGUCAGUGUAGAAUUUACAGUUGUGAUCAAAUUUAUUCAACCCCCACUGAAAUGAAGUGUUUUGGCCAGUUUGACAUUGAUUUUGAUGAUUUCAGUCAUCUUAUUUACAAUUAUAUCAAAGAGGCACUUAUAAAUUAGACAAAUAUAACAUAACAUUUAUGAUGAAAUAACCACAAAUGUCUUUUCUGUGCUCACAUCAUUAUCAGUUUUAUUCAACCCCCUAGUGACAUUAUUUUUUAGUACUUAGUACAACCUCCUUUUCAAGUUAUGACAUCUUUCAAGCGUGAAACAUAGCUUGACACAAGUGUCUUGCAGUGACCUAUGGGUAUCUUAGCCCAUUCUUCAUGGGCAAAAGCCUCCAGUUCAGUCACAUUCUUAGGCUUGCGCGCUGCAACUGCCUUCUUUAGGUCCCACCAGAGAUUCUCAAUUGGAUUUAAGUCUGGUGACUGCGAUGGCCACUCUAGAAUGUUCCAGCCUUUCAUCUUCAACCAUGCUCUAGUGGACUUUGAUGUGUGCUUCGGAUCAUUGUCCUCUUGGAAGGUCCAACGUCUCCCAAGCCGCAGGUUUGUGACUGACUCCAUCACAUUUUCCUCCAAGAUCUCCUGGUACUGAAGGGAAUUCAUGGUACCCUGCACACAUUGAAGCUUCCCUGUAUCAUUAGAAGCAAAACAGCCCCAAAGCAUAAUUGACCCCCCGCCAUGCUUCACAGUAGGCAAGGUGUUCUUUUGUUCAUAAGCCUGGUUCUUCCUCCUCCAAACAUAGCGCUGGUCCAUUGGCCCAAACAGUUCUAAUUUAGUUUCAUCUGACCACAGUACACUGUCCCAAAACUUUUGUGGCUUGUCCACAUGACUUUUGGCAUACUGCAGUCGACUUUUCUUGUUCUUUGGAGUCAGCAAGGGGGUGCGCCUAGGAGUUCUGGCAUGGAGUUCUUCGUUAUGCAGUGCGCGCCUUAUUGUCUGAGCUGAAACUUUGGUGCCCACAUCUGACAGGUCUUUGUUCAGUUCCUUAGCAGUCACGCGGGGAUUUUUCUCCACCUUACGCUUCAGGUAGCGCACAGCAGUCGCGGUCAGGAUCUUCUUUCUGCCACAACCAGGUAGCGUUUCCACUGUGCCCUUUAACUUGAACUUGCGAAUGAUACUUCCAAUAGUGUCUCUUGGAAUAUUUAACAACUUCGCAAUCUUCUUAUAUCCAUUGCCAUUCUUGUGAAGAGAAAUAACCUCUUCUCUGGUCUUCUGGGACCAUUCUCUUGCCUUCACCAUGCUUGUAAACACACCAGUAGAUGUCUAGAAGGAGCUGAGUAUCACAGUCCUUUUAAAUCUGCCUAAUUGGUGCUUAUUAUGCUUGAUUGCUGCUCGUUGACAUCCACAGGUGUUUUUAAUACCUGAUUGAAAACACUGGAAUGAACCUCUGUUCUUAAGAGUGGUAGUUUUAAAGGGGUUGAAUAAUUGUGUCAAUGAAGAAAUCACAAAAAGCCCAUUUAAUACUUUAUGACAAAAACAAUUGAUGCUAUUUUAGUUGCAUUUAGUUCUUUAACAAGUCCUUGUAAGAUUUCAUUAUGAACACAAUUACAAAUGUGCACUGAAUUCCAUAAAACCCUUCACAGCAUCGGGGGUUGAAUAAAUUUGAUCACAACUGUAUAUGUACAGUUAUGCAUGGCCUUUCAAACUGCGUUACAGUACAUGUGUCCAAUUGGACUUUGCACUUGUUCUUACCAAUCUUGUUUCCUCUGGUAUCUAUCUUUGCUUGUGUUGUUCUCGAAUGUUUGUCGCUUUGGAUAAACAUGUCUGCUUAAUGACAUUUUAACAUUGUAAUUGUAACACUGACAGCCACCAUGCUUUUCUUAACACUAUAAGCAAAAAACUCAAUUUUCAAACUACAUUCACCAAACCUCUGACUCUUCCUGCAAAACCAAAAAAUAUUUUCAGAUCAUACUCCAAGUCAAUCAAAAUUAAAAACAUUACUGAGCAGUUAUUACACACUACAUAGAACAUGGAAAACACAAUGCUCAGGACGUGAACCUGUAGAAUUUAUUGUCACUGUAGGUUAAAUGAACUUUGCAAGAAAAAAAGAACCCUCUGUGAAUUUGGCAUCUGCAUACAGUAAAGAUAAAGUAAAAACAAAUAUAAAUGAGAAGCACAUUAUUAAACUCAAGUGCUUACAACAUCUACUAUCAUUCAGCCACAGCAUUAAGUCUUUGUGGGUCAGGUCUCAGGACUUCAUCCAAAUUAAAGGCCACAUUCUCCUUGACCAGGUAACAGGAAAAAAACCUCUAAACUGGUAUUGGUUUCUUCACACCAUUAGCCACAAGUGUGAUCAAUUUUGUGUUGUUGGGUUGAGCUGUGGCACCUGUGCUUCAGAUGUGAUCAACUUUUGUUACCUGUGCUUACCAUUACACAACACAAGUGCAUCACAGUGCACAAAGUGUUUUAGUGAGUGAGAAUAUGUUUGCAAGUUUUGUCCAACCAGGAGAAAAGUGCUUAUAGUUGAGCUUAAAGAGUGACUGAUUCAAUAAGUUGGUUCAGGCCACUGAGCAUUUGGGUCAGACAAUAGGGUUUAGAGUUUUAGCAAUUGAGAAAUACUGUAUUUCAAUUGAAGUAUAUAUUUGUAUACUUGGCUUGCACUUGAAGUAUUCAAUGACCACGUAUACUUAAACCUAAGGCACAAAUACAUACUUGAGUAUAUCUUGAUUAAAAGUUUAUGUACAAGUAUAGCUUAAAUAUAUUUAGACUUCUAGUAAAAUUCUUAGUACAAAAUGUUACCUAUUUGGUAUGCUAUCUUAGUAUUUCUCAAUUGCUAAGACACAUUUCUUGACAUGAACAUGCUCUAAUCUUUGGGAUAGUGAGGAAGAAGUUGGUUGGAAAGUUGACCUACUUGAAGUUGUUUUUGGGAGCUAGUUAUUGUCACGUGCUGAUUCGACUGAGCACUUGAGGAGUUUCACUCUUGCUACAAACAAUAGGAGAGGCAGCUGACAUGGGUCCCACCCUCUAUUGAUUGCUAUAGUGAGAACAGCCGGGGCAGAGUUUCCCUUGGGCGGUAGAAGCUGGUGCAACUAAUCUGAUUGAACAUAGCUGUGGCACUUCUGGCUAUUUAAACACACAGGCUGUGCUGAAGCGUCAGCAAAAGCAUCAGCCAUUACGGAAGCCCAAUUUUGUAAACACCACAUUGAGUAAAGACCUGUGAAUCUACCUGUGCGAGUCCACCGAGCAAUGCCACUGACUGACCUACAGUGUUGCCCCUAAAAACGCAUCAUGUGCUAUGAUCAUAUUAAAGUCUUAUCUGGGAACAGAAAAAAAGUGCUACAACAGCAGAAAACGCAACCUACACAAUCUGUCCUCUCUACAGUUUUCUUCCUCUCAGCAACCAUGGGUCUCUGUUGGCCUCUGGAACUGCCAGUCUGCAGUUAACAAAGCAGAAUUAAUUAAUCCUCUGACUAAACUGUCUGACAUUCAGGUCCUAGCCCUGACAGAAACCUGGCUCCGUCCAGAAAACAAUGUAACACCAACUGCCCUAUCAGUAGAUGCAGUCUUCUCACAUACACCUCACUCUUCUGGCCAAGAAGGUGGUACGUGCAUUGUCCUCUCUGAUAACUGAAACUUCAGCCAGUUUAAAGCUGUGAGCAAUAACACAUCCUUUGAAUACCAUGCAAUAAAGGUCACUGCACUUAUUUAGGCUUACGUGGUUGUUAUGUACCACCCACCAGGACUUGGACAGCUUUGUUGAUGAAUUGGGCAUGUUACUCUCAGACAUGCCCAAUGAUGGCACACCCCUGGUAGUUAUGGGAGACAAUAACAUCUACAUGGAUAAAGCCCAGGCAACUGGUUUUAUCUCUGUACUGUCCUCCUUUGGCCUAAAACAGAUUCCCACUCUUCCCACGCACAAUGCUGGCAAUAAACUUGACCUGAUUCUGAUUCAUAAUUGCUCCACAGCAAAUCUGAGUGUGACUCCUCUUCACCUCUCUGACCACUACUUUAUUUUUCAUUUGUCUUGCUUGAAUAACAUCAACCUACUACUCGGUUCAUAUCUAAACAUUCAGUCACUUGACCCAGCUAAGCUGUUUGAAGAGGUCUCAUGUAAUGAGUCCUUCAUACUCUCUGCUAAUGGAGCUGCAGACACAGGCUGUUUGAGAUUGGCUUAAUGCAUACUCCUGCCAACCGCAGUAUGCAGUAGAUACUGCAUUGUUGAUGCAUAGAUUGUUGUCACAUGUACUACACAGCCAGUACUUGCCAGAAAUUCCUGCAGCUCCUUCAGUGUUGCUGUCGGCCUUUUAGUAGCCUCCCUGGCUAGUUUUCUUCUUGUCUUAUCAUCAAUUUUGGACAGACGUCCUGUUCUUGGUAAUGUCAUCGUUGUGCCAUAUUUUCUCCACUUGAUGACGACGGUCUUUACUGUGUUCCAUGGUAUAUUUAAUUCCUUGGAAAUUCUUUUGUAGCCCUCAACUGACUGAUAUCUUUGAAUAAUGAGAUCCCUCUGAUGCUUUGAAAGCGCUCUGUGGACCAUGGCUUGUGCUGGAAGGUGUGGCUACAAAAAUAUCAGGAAAAGCCUACUAGAACAGCUGAACUUUAUUUGGGGUUGAUCAGAGGCACUUUAAUUGGUGACCUUGCUUCUCUGCUGUGCAGACGUCUCUCUGCUUGCUCCUGCUGCUUGAGCUUUAAUCAUUUCUUAAUGACUUUUUAAUCAUUUGACUAGUCUUGGUUUUGAUUUUACUCUUCUCUUUCAAGUGAACCAAGAUUUUUAAAAUCAUUUUUGUGCUUUUUACUGUACUUUUUACUUUACCGAGUGACUGGAUAAUACAGCUAACCAGCACCAAGAUGCCCCACUUCAGCACGGAUGAUUACCACAAACUGCUUCAGAAAAUUGCAGUGCUAGAGACCAAAAUCAACCGAUUAGAAGCAAAUGUGGAUAGAAACGGACGUUGCGGGAAUGAAACAACAUCUUGUGACCAGAACCAUAACACACAGCUGAUCACUAUCAACCAAGAAGACUACGGAUCCUCCAAUGCCUCUUCUUCAGAUUCCCUCGGAGCUAAACCCAAAUCAUCUCACUGGAAUAUGGGAGGACAAGUAACAAGCAGAGCCCAGCGCCCUGAGAUCUGUGAUGAGACUGGCUGGCCUAAACUAUCUUCAACACCUGUCCAGUGUAAGAAGCAGCCGUGGAUAGCUGCCAAGGCAGGCCCUAAAAUCAAAAACAAUCUCCCCCAGCAGCAGCCAUCCCUCCCACUGUACAACAGAUUUGCUCCACUGUUACGGAAUCCUGGAUCCUCACCUCCGCAUAGCAGGGUAAGAUCCGAGAGAAAAUCAAAAAACGGGGAACCUCAAACAUUGAUUGUGGGUGAUUCUGCUAUAAAAGACAUACAAAACAUGAGCAAAAAUAGCAAAGUGCUCUGCUUCCCCAAGGAUAUGGUCUGUGACAUAACAGGCAAAAUUCAGGAUAUAGUGGCCUCAUAUCCCUCUCUGACAGCUAUUGUGAUUCACUGUGGAGCUACUGACAUUGUAACAGAACAAUCUGAAAAACUAAAACAUGAUUUCAGUGAACUAUUAAAAACAGUCAGCUCCCUGAAUGCUCAGGCAUUCAUCAGUGGCCCCCUUCCACCAAUCAAAAGAGGAGAUAUGAGAUUUAGCAGACUGUUUGCCCUGAAUCAAUGGCUAUCUACUGCCUGUACCAAAGUCAACUUUAUUGAUAACUUAAGGCUGUUCUGGGACCGCAGGCAUUACUUCAGAGCAGACGGACUCUCUCUAAACAAAGCUGGAGUGAAACUAUUCACCUCCAACCUGUAUCACUCCCCGCGUCACCCAUCUGUCAAGGACAAGAGACAAGAGGCAAAAAGACAUGAGAUAAAACACCACGGCCUUGACAGAGAGACGCCUCGGGCCCCCCCGCGCACAAAAAGCUUUGGUUCAAGCCAGAAGGAGAAGUCUGUACUUCUUCUACCACCGCUCACCUUAGAGGACCCACCCUGCUCAAGCAAGUAGGAGGAAUCUCUACUUCCUGUACUUCCUCUACUUCCCCCUCCUCCUCCUUCCUGGAUUUUCCAGCUGAACUGAGAGAACUGGAGAAUGCUGGUGUGAGACUUAGCGGCACGCCUCUCCACCACUCCGGCCACAGGACCCCCCCCCCCCCCAAAUCCCCCCAAAUCCCCCCAAAUCCCCCAAACAGCAACGUGCCCCUCCUCCUCCCCCACGACAAGGAGUACUGCAGCAUCCUCUCCCUCAGCACAGGACUAACAGUAAGGAGCACCUCGUUCUCAAUAAGCUCUUGCUGAUAUGUUUUGGGUAACUAGGCAAGGAUAACUACAGUUACAGACAUACUAAUCUGCCUAGAAACAGAAGGUACCCAACUAAGAAUUUAUCAAACUCCUCUCCCAGCUCUCUCACGGCUCUCGGUCAAUGAGCUUGUAGAAGACCUUUGCUCUAGAAUCACAAAUGUGAUGGAUGCCAUUGCGCCCACCAAGGUGAAAAUAGUCUCUGGCAAGAAAAGAUCUCCAUGGAGGAAUGCCGCGCUGGUCAGAGCUGAAAAAAGAGUGUGUCGGAAAGCCGAACGCAGAUGGCGAAAGACAAGCCUUCAGGUUCACUAUCAGAUCUAUAAAGAGAGACUUUGUAUCUUUAACCUAGAACUAAGAAAUGCUAGGCGAUCCUUUUUCUCAGACAUCAUCACCAAAAACAAAAAUAAUGACGCGCCCUAUUUACCACAGUCGACAGGCUAACAAACCCUCCAGUAUCAGAAGCCUCUGAAUUUCUGUCCGUCAAGGCUUGUAAUGAAUUUGCCUCCUUCUUCAAUAACAAAAUCCAGAAAAUUAGACAAACAGUCAGUAGCUCAAUAUCCGGUACAGGAUAUGUGUUGUCCAUGUGUACUAACCCCAGUAGCAUGACACAAUUCAACCCGAUCAACAUUAAAACCCUGGAGGACAUCAUACUAAAUCUGAACUCCUCCACCUGCUGCCUUGAUAUUCUGCCAACAGGUUUCUUUAAAACAGUUUCUAAUUGCAUGGCCUCAGAUCUUUUACAGAUUGUCAACAUGUCACUUCUGUCAGGUGUCUUUCCACAGGCCCUGAAAACUGCUGUCAUAAAGCCUCUCCUAAAAAAAAGCAACCUAGACAACUCAGUAAUGAACAAUUAUAGGCCUAUAUCGAACCUCCCGUUUUUAAGCAAAAUCAUUGAAAAAGCAGCCUUCCAACAGCUUCACAACUUCUUAGUCCUAAACAACUGUUUUGACGUUUUCCAGUCAGGGUUUCGACCGCAUGACAGCACUGAGACUGCUCUUAUCAAAGUCUUUAACGACAUCCACUUAAACUCAGACAAUGGCACCUGAUUAAAGGGUGUGCACACUUAUGCAACCACAUGAUCUCAGUUGUUUAUUUUUACUUCACUUCCCAAUACAUAUAUAUAUAUAUAUAUAUAUAUAUAUAUAUAUAUAUAUAUACAUACAUAUAUAUAUAUGUAUAUAUAUAUAUAUAUAUAUAUAUAUAUAUAUAUAUAUAUAUAUAUAUAUAUACAGUUGUGAUCAAAUUCAUUCAACCCCCACUGAAAUGAAGUGUUUUGGCCAGUUUGACAUUGAUUUUGAUGAUUUAAGUCAUCUUAUUUACAAUUAUAUCAAAGAGGCACUUAUAAAUUAGACAAAUAUAACAUAACAUUUGUGAUGAAAUAACCACAAAUGUCUUUUCUGUGCUCACAUCAUUAUCAGUUUUAUUCAACCCCCUAGUGACAUUAUUUUUUAGUACUUAGUACAACCUCCUUUUCAAGUUAUGACAUCUUUCAAGCGUGAAACAUAGCUUGACACAAGUGUCUUGCAGUGACCUAUGGGUAUCUUAGCCCAUUCUUCAUGGGCAAAAGCCUCCAGUUCAGUCACAUUCUUAGGCUUGCGCGCUGCAACUGCCUUCUUUAGGUCCCACCAGAGAUUCUCAAUUGGAUUUAAGUCUGGUGACUGCGAUGGCCACUCUAGAAUGUUCCAGCCUUUCAUCUUCAACCAUGCUCUAGUGGACUUUGAUGUGUGCUUCGGAUCAUUGUCCUCUUGGAAGGUCCAACGUCUCCCAAGCCGCAGGUUUGUGACUGACUCCAUCACAUUUUCCUCCAAGAUCUCCUGGUACUGAAGGGAAUUCAUGGUACCCUGCACACAUUGAAGCUUCCCUGUAUCAUUAGAAGCAAAACAGCCCCAAAGCAUAAUUGACCCCCCGCCAUGCUUCACAGUAGGCAAGGUGUUCUUUUGUUCAUAAGCCUGGUUCUUCCUCCUCCAAACAUAGCGCUGGUCCAUUGGCCCAAACAGUUCUAAUUUAGUUUCAUCUGACCACAGUACACUGUCCCAAAACUUUUGUGGCUUGUCCACAUGACUUUUGGCAUACUGCAGUCGACUUUUCUUGUUCUUUGGAGUCAGCAAGGGGGUGCGCCUAGGAGUUCUGGCAUGGAGUUCUUCGUUAUGCAGUGCGCGCCUUAUUGUCUGAGCUGAAACUUUGGUGCCCACAUCUGACAGGUCUUUGUUCAGUUCCUUAGCAGUCACGCGGGGAUUUUUCUCCACCUUACGCUUCAGGUAGCGCACAGCAGUCGCGGUCAGGAUCUUCUUUCUGCCACAACCAGGUAGCGUUUCCACUGUGCCCUUUAACUUGAACUUGCGAAUGAUACUUCCAAUAGUGUCUCUUGGAAUAUUUAACAACUUCGCAAUCUUCUUAUAUCCAUUGCCAUUCUUGUGAAGAGAAAUAACCUCUUCUCUGGUCUUCUGGGACCAUUCUCUUGCCUUCACCAUGCUUGUAAACACACCAGUAGAUGUCUAGAAGGAGCUGAGUAUCACAGUCCUUUUAAAUCUGCCUAAUUGGUGCUUAUUAUGCUUGAUUGCUGCUCGUUGACAUCCACAGGUGUUUUUAAUACCUGAUUGAAAACACUGGAAUGAACCUCUGUUCUUAAGAGUGGUAGUUUUAAAGGGGUUGAAUAAUUGUGUCAAUGAAGAAAUCACAAAAAGCCCAUUUAAUACUUUAUGACAAAAACAAUUGAUGCUAUUUUAGUUGCAUUUAGUUCUUUAACAAGUCCUUGUAAGAUUUCAUUAUGAACACAAUUACAAAUGUGCACUGAAUUCCAUAAAACCCUUCACAGCAUCGGGGGUUGAAUAAAUUUGAUCACAACUGUAUAUGUACAGUUAUGCAUGGCCUUUCAAACUGCGUUACAGUACAUGUGUCCAAUUGGACUUUGCACUUGUUCUUACCAAUCUUGUUUCCUCUGGUAUCUAUCUUUGCUUGUGUUGUUCUCGAAUGUUUGUCGCUUUGGAUAAACAUGUCUGCUUAAUGACAUUUUAACAUUGUAAUUGUAACACUGACAGCCACCAUGCUUUUCUUAACACUAUAAGCAAAAAACUCAAUUUUCAAACUACAUUCACCAAACCUCUGACUCUUCCUGCAAAACCAAAAAAUAUUUUCAGAUCAUACUCCAAGUCAAUCAAAAUUAAAAACAUUACUGAGCAGUUAUUACACACUACAUAGAACAUGGAAAACACAAUGCUCAGGACGUGAACCUGUAGAAUUUAUUGUCACUGUAGGUUAAAUGAACUUUGCAAGAAAAAAAGAACCCUCUGUGAAUUUGGCAUCUGCAUACAGUAAAGAUAAAGUAAAAACAAAUAUAAAUGAGAAGCACAUUAUUAAACUCAAGUGCUUACAACAUCUACUAUCAUUCAGCCACAGCAUUAAGUCUUUGUGGGUCAGGUCUCAGGACUUCAUCCAAAUUAAAGGCCACAUUCUCCUUGACCAGGUAACAGGAAAAAAACCUCUAAACUGGUAUUGGUUUCUUCACACCAUUAGCCACAAGUGUGAUCAAUUUUGUGUUGUUGGGUUGAGCUGUGGCACCUGUGCUUCAGAUGUGAUCAACUUUUGUUACCUGUGCUUACCAUUACACAACACAAGUGCAUCACAGUGCACAAAGUGUUUUAGUGAGUGAGAAUAUGUUUGCAAGUUUUGUCCAACCAGGAGAAAAGUGCUUAUAGUUGAGCUUAAAGAGUGACUGAUUCAAUAAGUUGGUUCAGGCCACUGAGCAUUUGGGUCAGACAAUAGGGUUUAGAGUUUUAGCAAUUGAGAAAUACUGUAUUUCAAUUGAAGUAUAUAUUUGUAUACUUGGCUUGCACUUGAAGUAUUCAAUGACCACGUAUACUUAAACCUAAGGCACAAAUACAUACUUGAGUAUAUCUUGAUUAAAAGUUUAUGUACAAGUAUAGCUUAAAUAUAUUUAGACUUCUAGUAAAAUUCUUAGUACAAGCCAAGUAUUAACUUUAUUAAGUAUAUCUCUGAAAAGUGCAUUAAAAAGUAAACUGAAGGCAUACUUAAUUUAAAUACAGUAUACUUGAAGUACACUCAAACAUACUUCUUUGUUGUAAGGGUCAGGUCCGUGAAAAAGACUGAGCAGAAAGCUGACUUUUUACGAUUUUACUCUAAUGAGAAAGUACCAAAUUUAUUUGAUGUGAUGCUAAUACUUCAUCAUACAUUUCAGACUGAUUUCAGAGUUUAUAAGUUUAAAACAGACUUGUUAUAAAAUUCCACUGGCCUAUUUUACAGUUUGGCAAUGCAACACAAAACCAUGCCAUCAACAAUAAAAUUAUCACUGAAGUGAUCUUUAAAAGUGUAGUUUUUUUAAAUUUAAAUUAGCCUUGUGGAACAUCUUUGAUUUCACUGUAAUGGCAUUGAUCAUUCCUUGUUUACUCAUAACUGUCUGUGACACAGGUAGUCCUGGAAUAUUAACUGGACUUAAAUGCUUGGGAGGGAUGUCAAAUAUCAAAUAUCAAAAACGCAACACAAAAAACCCAAAACUACAAUGUUAUCCAUCAACCAUAAUAACCUAUACGAACCCAGGCGAUGCAAGAACCUAACUACAUUAAAUGAACUGAGACCACACAGACAGAAGAAAUAAAAUGACUGAAGGAAAGUAGCAAUGGAAUAAAAUAAAUACAGCAGUGACUAACUUGGAUUCAAGUUGGACUCACUGGAGGAUGUGGUAGAGAUAUCUACACUGAGGAAGGUGAAGGCUAUUACCCACUUCAUAACACCUUGAUGGACCAAAGAGCCAAUGGUGGUGGACGGCUCCUCUCUCUUCGUUGCAGGACAGAAAGGUUCAGAAGAUCUUUUGUAACCACAGCCAUCAGACUUUGCAAUUUGUCCAAAAUAGUUGAUAACUUUUUUAAACAUAAGUGAGACUAAAGACUAUUGAAUUUCCCUUUGGGGAUAAAAUAAAGUUAUUCUUAUUCUUAAAAGCAACAGCAUGAAAUGAAAGCAGCAAAGGGCAAUCAAAAGCAGGAAUAAUAAUAAAACAUUCAAAAAUAAAAGUGGUAAAACAAGUUUCAAUUGAAUAAAUUAAAAAAUAUAAAAUUUCAAAUAUCUUUGAUUAUAUCACCUUUGUGCUUUUUCCAUUAAAGGUCUUUUAAACCAGGAGGUCUCCAGGGAUCCAAGGCUGUGGGUUGGCUAGUAUGGAGUCAGAACCUCAGAAGUGUAGCUUAGAGCCAGAAUAAUAUUUAUUUGUUUCAUUGAUUUCAUUCAUUUACAGUUUUUUCUUUACAGUGCCUUUGGCUAAGCUUGAAAUUGACAUGUAUCUUGUAGACUUGCUUGUAUGGCAGUGAAAAAGCAAACUGAAGGAGUUGGUUAGCUUGCCAUUAGGUGAUCAGUCUUUCUUAUGGCUUUAUCCUCUGGGUUUCAAUUAAUAUUUCUCCUUGAAGCAUGUCAGUACACAUCAAUAAAAUAGGUUACAAAAGGUGAGACCACUCUUAAAUGUGUCCUUAUCUUAACUGCACAUAAAAAAAAGUAUCAUUAACCUAGUUUGUAGAAUGUCCAAGGAUGGUCAUGAUGCAUGCUUGGGAAACAUGGUCAGAGACAUACUCAGCAGGAACUGUGAUAAAUCUAAUGUAAGUGUCAAAUGUGAAGAACUGAGACUUAUGCAUCCACUGUAAUGUUCACUCAAUGGCCUCAACAUAUCAGGUUUCUAUUAAGUGAUCCAGAUAGCCUAAUAAGUCAUCUUAGGUUCAUAUUUGAGAGUUCAAGAUGACAAGGAGUUCUCGACCAUACAGCGGCCUGCUGCUAAGCAUAUUGUAGAUCCAUGUGGUUCCUCCAUCUGAGUCACAGUAACUUGUCCUGAUCUCUGUGGGAAAAUAAGGUGGACUAUGCAAAGGUCAAAAUUUCUGGUGUGUACUUUCUUUGGCUGCUCAAAGAUUUAUGUAAGUGAGAGGCAACAAUUUUGUGAGUGUCUAAUGGGUAAUUGUUGGUGUGUAAAAUAAGACAAUGUGAUAUUUAAGUUUAGCCCUGUAUACUCCUGCUUUUUCGUAUCUCUAACAGUUACUUCAACUGAACAAAAUAUUGAGGGAAAAAUAGAUAUUGUUAAACUACACACAUCAAAGACAAACAGUAUGUGACAGAAAUGCUCUCCUCUCUCUUUGAACCACAAGCAGCUCAGAGUUUGGACCUGUUUAUGAUAUGUGGUCCAAAACAGUCCACUCAUGUCUACAUAACCCCAGUCAAGUACUGAUUUAAUAUUCAGUCUAAUCUUACCAGUUAAAAUCUUUGGGGUUCAGAACUGUGCAUUCAUCUUGUUCUCACCCUUCCUCUGUCUCAUAGGUCUGAGUCUAAUGCCAAGCUCAGCGCUGGUGGAGCUGCUGCACCGGGUGGAGGCAGCCAUCCGUGAGUUCUCAGAGGAGCUGGUCAACCAGCUGGCCCGGCGUGAAGAGCUUGAGUUUGAGAAGGAGAUGAAGAACACGUUCAUUACAGCCCUAAUGGAGGUGCAGAACAGGCAGAGAGAGCAGCGAGACAGCAGCAAACGCCGGCGCCGUGACAAAGCUCUGAGUCUGCAGGGAGGAGGGAUGAUGCCUGUGAACACAGAAACUGCCGGACCCACAGAGAAGACAGGAGGCAUGCCUGUCAAGGUGAAGGGGGGGGGGGGGGGGUUCUUACUGUUUACAUCAUGUGAAUGAGUGUGUGCUUAAGACAGGACAAUCAGACAUACCUGUACUCAAUUACUAUGGCUGCAGCAACAUUGCAUCAUGCUUUGGAGCUAAUGUACAGCAAUGCUAACACACGUGCAAAGUGUUUUGGAGAGGCAGGGGCUAGCUUUAACUAAGGGGUUUCUAUUUCAUAUGAAUAAAUAUACUCAGACAUUUGCGGACACUCAGACUGAUCUAGGGAGAUGAAGGAAGAGAGAUAAACAGAGGAGAGACCGAUAGAGAGAGAUGAAAAAGGGGAGGAUAGACAGAGGCUUGAUUGACGUAUGUAGUUAAAGGAGCUGUGCACUUUGACUUGAUUGCCUUAUGAGCAAAACAUUUGACUGUGUUCACUAGAAAAUAAACAAAUUGGAGCUAUGAUCUUAUAUUUGAGCCUGUUUGUUGGCCUGCUGAUUUUUUUCUACCUUUUCUUCACAUACUUCUUUUGGAAUUGUGUCUAGCCCAGGUCACCUCCUCAGGCUGAAAAAAUAUUAUUGUUUGCACAUGAAAAUUGUUGCUUAAAUGAGUUUCUAUAAAAAAAGAAAAAAAAACAGCUGCAGAAACUCAUUUCCACCUCCAGUUAACCCUUUAACCUCAGCAAACAUUUUAAAAUUGGUUUUAAGAUUAGAUUUAGGGCUCUCUCUUCGUGCCUCGCAGGAGACGUGGCGCAGGCAAGGCGUAAGUCAGGUCCCCCGCGCCAACAAGGCGUUCCCAAGGAAUUUGGUAUUUUGUUGAGCGGCAUAGCCAGGCGUAAGUAUCUCCCCUCUCUAACUCAGCUCCUCCCAGUGGCGUAAGUCGUAGGGAGGGAGGAGAGAGGGCGUGGAGUGAGUUUAACACAGCCGAGACCUGCAUUAACCAAUAACAUCAUCUCCUUUCCUCGCCUUUAAAUCCACCACUGGCGAGGCGUAUUACAAUUUUCGUGCAGUAGUCGAAGAGAUCAAGAGAUGGCUGCAGACAGCAAUGCCACACGAUGGCGACAGAAGGCAGCCCCUCAACAAGUGUCUCUGUAAGCGCUGCAGAGGGCAUCCUGCAUACUGUCUCAUAUAAGCACAGAUGGAUUUGGUGUGUGUAAGGUUGGAUCCACUGGUAAGACAAACUUCCUUUUCUACGAACAAAGACACUCACAUAAAGUUAAAUAUAUUUAAACCUCAUGUGACAAAGGUGGGUUGUGCGCACAGAUCACAACAUGAACUCCAAUUAUGGCAUUAAAAUAGGAACCAUCUGUGCGUAAAGGAUCCAUCGCGCUCCAUGGCCUGGCUCUUUCUUUCAUUGAUGUUGGCAUAUAAAAUAAAUUUGGCUAACAAAACUGAAUAUUAUAAUAUUCGUACUUAGGAGCUUUUUAAUACAAGAUUUUCUCAGAUUUUCUGUCCUACAGGCAAGUACCGCACUUUUGCCUUUUUCUGAGAUAUUGAUGUUAUUGUGUAUGAAUUUCCCACCCCAGAGUAAUCAGUAGAGACUUGAACGCUCAGUUUUUCUUCCUCCCUAUGUCUGCCAGCAUUAAUAUCUCUCAGGUCCAUUAGUCUCUGACAGUCUUCCAGUAAAGAUCCUAAAGUGGAAGUGACCCAUUGUCUUCUUCAUACAGUAACAGCUCAGUCCAAUCUGCUCCUCUCCUGGAACAAGUAAACAAGCUAAUGGAUUUUCCCAGCAUGCAGUGCAGCGGCAGUAGCAGCAGCAAUGUUUUUAUGUAUUGACUGGCAGUUACCUGAAGCCGAUGGGUGUUGAGAGGGUUCGUGAUGCAAAUAUGAUAUAAAUAACAUUAAUAAGUAGAACUUUAUUGAUCCCUGAAGAGAAAUUCAAUAGAGAGAAAAAAAAGACAAUCACAUCCUAGCAUGAUUUGAUUUUAACAUGCCUUAACUUAUUAGUAGGGAUGAGCCUGAAUAGGAACACGAAAGCCAAAAUGCACAAAAAAAAAAUGAGAUGAAUAUGGAUGUUUUCUAUCUGUUGAUACAUGUAUUAUUUGGAAAUUUCAAAAAAGAAAAUCAGUUCUUGUGUUCAUUGGUGCGGAGAGCUCUGCCUGAAGCCCUACAGCUCCACUUGUCUUCCUGUGCCGAUGGAUUCAUUCACGAAGGCUGUGGUUCUUUUACAAUCACACCUCUGUACCAUUAUCAAAACACGGCUGAGGCAAUGUUGUUUUGUGAUUCAUUUUUGCCUUUUCCAAAAACCUCCAGUACAAAGUUGUUGCACUUAGUCCACAUUAUUGACAUUAUUCUAAAGACACUGAAGCCGUUGCCUCUUAAGUCUUCACUGACUGCACACCAGCAGGGCCAGGGCUUUCAAAGUUCAGCAGUGAAGGCCUCGAGGUUUGUGGGUGCAUUUGUUUGAAACCAUAGACUGUACAUGGAAUGGACAGAGUCUGCCAACUCGCUGGGUGAAGCCACUCUGAGAACAUCACACCCUGGUGACGGGCUGUAGUAUAGGUCAUAAAUCCCGCCUCCUCCAGCAAUCCUUAUGGGGCUAUGGACAAAAUUUAUAAAUUUAUUACACAGAAUAUAUUUUUUUCUCCCCCCUGGUUGUGAUAUUGAGCGCAAACCAGUCUUACAAUAACUACAUGUCAAGUCCUCUUUUUUAUGUGCAGCCCCAUUUUUAAAAGUUAUUCGGAGGUUCAUGUUUUCUAUGAUUGACACUUGGUACAGCCUAUGGGCAUACAAAGAUUGUGCAGUUCACCUGGGAGAUACACUGUUUGAGCUGAGUGUCAUCACAACAAAACUCUCCCACUGAAUGCACACAAUGCCACUGUGGUGGAGUGCAUAUAAUGCUGCUGCGCAAUGUUGGUUUCAGGAAGUGAAGAAAAACCGCGGAAUUACCAAGAGCUUUCGGCUCUAAAUCUGUAUACUGGCGGAAGUCGGAACCAAGAUGUCCAUAGAAUAUACAGUCUAUGGGCUCUAUUUUCAUGUCCGCCGGGGAGGCUGCGGAGGGUGGCGGACCCUGCGCAGUGGUAUUUUCGUCUGGCGGGGAGCCCAGAGUACAGCCAGUUUGGUAUUUUCAUGGACUGAGGCGUACCGAGGUCCGCCAAGCUGGGCGUGGUGGUGUGGCAGGGGGAGGUGUCGACAGAAUCAGCUGGUACAGUGACAUUUUCAUGUUCGAAUUUAUGUUGUGAUCUGUGCGCACAACUUACCUUUGUCAUGUGAGGUUUAAAUAUAAGCAACUUUAUGUGAGUGUCAUUAUUUGUGGAAAAGGGUGUUUGUCUUAUCAUUGGGUCCAACAUUACAUACACCAAAUCCAUCUGUGCUUAUAUGAGACAGUGUGCAGGACGCCCUCUGCAGCGCUUACAGCGACACUUGUUGAGGGGCUGCCUUCUGUCGCCAUGGUGUGGCAUUACUGUCUUCAGACAUCUCUUGAUCUCCUUGGCUACUUCACAAAAAUUGUAAUUUGCCUCGCCAGUGGCAGAUUUAAAGGCGAGAAGAGGAGCUUAUGUGAUUGGUGAAAACAGGACUCGGCUGUGUUAAACUCACUCCACGCCCUCUUUCCUCCCUCCCUACGACUUACGUGACAGUGAUAGUAGCAGUGACAACAGGUCUUGAGCUUCUUUAAAUGUAUUGAUACUCUGUGAGACCCUCUGGUCUUUAGGGGGACCAUUCCAUAGACUGGGAGUCAUAACAGUAAAAAGCUGUAUCACUGUGAGUCUUUGUCCUGACUUUUGGUACAAUAGUCCACAUUCCCACAGCAGUCAUCUUCUUGAUACCUCACACUCAGGCUGGGAAACUUGUCUCCUGUUUUCUUCUAUUAUUACAAUGUACCAGUUUCUCGUAUAAACCUUAAUAAUCUGACAGACUGUGGUAAUUUCACAACUCUCUGACUGAUGAGCAACCUCACAGACUGACACUAUCAAACUGCUUCCACUACAAGUCACAGACAGAAAAUUGUUUACUAUGAGGAGGAGGAGGUAUAGUUGAUUAUUAUUCACAUAAGAAAAGUAAAUCAGUUUGAUGCUUUGAUGGCACAACUGCACAGCAAGGAUUAGCACGGCUUCCUUUAGUCAAAUGUUCUUUUGGAAUUAGAUUAGGCCUGUUAUACCAUCAUUGAUGGUAACAGCUGCAAGAAAACUAAACAACAUUUUAAAAAAAAAGCACUUUCAGUAUGAACCACACUCACUUCUGAUUUCCUUCUGAUUACAGACACAGAUGAUGAUGUGGUUGAACAGAUACAGAUAAUAACAUCUCUGGCACACCCCUGCUUAGGUGGUAAUUUAUUUGAACAUUAGUUACUUUAGUUGUUAUCAUGGUCUUCAUCUCUCUCUCUCUCUCUCUCUCCGUGUGUGUGUGUGUGUUUUUGACCUGCAGCGUUUUAGCAUGGAGGGACUGUCCAACAUCCUGCAGACGGGCAUCAGACAGACAUUUGGAAGCACAGGGAAUAACAAACAGGUAAGAGUCAGUGUAUGACACUUAAGCACCUUUAGCAGAAUUUGUUUUCAAACUAGAAAAAACAUUUAUACGACAGCAAAAAUUAAUACAAAAACUCUUAGCACUAGCUGCUGUUCACACUUGCAGCUGAAACUCGUAUAACACUGACACUCUUAUAACAUUCAUCAAACCAGAAACUAUUAUUUACGAUUUUCAGAAAAGAAACUGCAUAUCUUGAAGGGUGUAGAGCUGCUUAUCCUAACAGGCGACAAAUUCGUUCCAUUGUUGUUGUCUUUGUAAAAAUUCCCCUUAAAGAAGACCUCUUCUACUGGUUUUCACUUUUCAACGUGUCAAUGAAAACCCUUAGUUCAACUUUCUUUAGCCUCUGCCUGAAACACCUCCUUUUACCGCCUAUGGGUGUUACUUUUUACACAGCUUUCUAACAACCUGAAAGUUAUGGUUUUACAUAAAACAUCAAAAAGUCACAAACUUAUUUCAAGGAACUCAUCAAGAUUCAGAAAGUUAUAUUUGACUUAAAUUAAGACAAAGUCACUUGGUAGAAUGAUGUUUUUUGCAGUGUGGAUAUCAUCCAAUCAGGUUACAAUUAUGCAGUACGUUUUUACCAUAGACUGUAUAUACUAUGGACAACUUGCCUCUGCUUUCCGUCAUUCUAUGAAUUUGAAGCCAAAUUACUCUCUGUAUUAUGACCUCUACUGCAGCCUGUCACCAGAGGAUGCUGUUCUCAUGGAGGCUUCACCCAGCAAGGAGGCAGACGACGCCCAUUCUAUAUACAGUCUCCUACUGAUGCGGACUAAAAUGUAACAAAGUAAAACACUUUCCACAGUCAAUUCUUAAGUAAUAGUCAAAGUGCUCACUAAAAGCUGCCCUUGAAAGUACAAACACACAAAAAUGAUAAAUACAGUUGGCUACUUUACACCUUUGGCAGUCUCCAAACCCAUACUCACAGGUGAGGUCAUACAUAGGUGAGUGUCACUUAAUCUCUGUUUAUAUAAAGUGCUGUAUGAUAGGAUACCCCUUAAAGCAUGCAGCCAGAUACACACAAAUACAUUCAAACUUAUGAAUGGGAUUGUCAUUUUGUGUUUCUAAGCUUGUAGAGGUUAAAUAUUGAAACCUCUAACGGUUUUUGAAGGGACUGCUGGAUGUAAACAAACCAUCAAAAACAUUAAGGGCUUACUCAGGCUGUGUAUUAGUGCUGUAUUAAAAGAUCUGCCAGUGUGUGUGGGAGUGUAAGCAGAUUCCAGUUCUGUGGCUGUGCUCCUGUAUCCAUAUCUGCACAACUUUCACUAUGUCAAGAAAAGAUUUAGUUUGUCCCACUAAUUCAAAUUAAGUAUGCCACAGAUGCCUGUAUAUGCAGGGCUAUAUGCAAGAGUCUUAUUUUUUACUUUGUGUGAACAUCAGACUUUUAGACUCAUCUAAUCAGGCAAUUAAUCUUUGUUUAUAUUGUGUAGUUUAGACCAGCACUCCUCAAACUUUUUUCAGUCACGACAUGUUUCAAAAGUGCAUAAAACCUCAUAACAACACAGUGUAAAAUAAAGUUCAAAUUACACUGCAUAGCCUAAAUAAUCCGUGUCAUUUAUUCAUCCAUUUUUCACAACAAAACUAAACUUAAAAAACGAAAUAAUGACUUGUUUUCCAAAUAUUUGAAAACAAAUUUGUAAAACAAAUGAAUGAAUUAUACAUGGAUUCCAAAUGCAAAUGUCCUGUUUAUUUAGACAGGACAAUAUUGAUGAACAGAGCAUAAUACGAACUGAAAAUCCACCAGAGAUAAGCAGGAAUGUUUCUUUCCAUACAUAGUGCUAGUUUCCAUCCGUGCCUCUGCAGCCUUCCCUACACAUACACAUACGUGCAUGUGCGCACACACAUACCUGGAGCUGAACCAGAUUCAUCUGCUGAGACUGAAAAGAGAGAGAGAUUGACAGAUGAGAGACUGAUAGAGAGAGACAGAGAAAGAGAGAUUGACAGAGGAGAGACCAUAGACUGUAUAAAGAAUGGACAGCUUCUGCCUCCUCGCUGGUUGAAAACCACUCUGAGAACAGCACCCUCUGGUGACGGGCUGCAGUAUCUGUCAUAAAUCCCGCCUCCGCCAGCAAAGCUUAUGGGGCUGUGGACAAACUUCAGAAAUUUAUCACACAGAACAUAAAUAUUUCUCCCCCUGCUUGUGAUGUUGACAUGUAGUUAUUGUAAGACUGGUUUGUGCUCAAGUCCUCUUUUUUCUGUGAAACUCUGUUUUUAAAAGUUAUUAGGCUGUAUCAGGUGUCAAUCAUGAACUCCCUAUGGGCAUUCAGGGAUUGCGUAGCUCUCCCGGGGGGAUACACUGUUUGAGCUGAGCGUCAUCACAGUGACUAUUGGCGACUGCGCGGCCGAAUGCAUGCAUUGUUACUGCGCAGUGCUGGUUUUAGGAAAUGAAGAAAAAUCCCGGAAAUAUCAAGAGCUAUUUGGCUUCAAAUCCGUAUACAGGCAGUAGGCGGAACCAAGUUGUCCAUAUUAUAUACAGUCUAUUGGAGAGACUGAUAGAGAGAGAUGGAGAAAGAGAGAUGAACAGACAUAACAUUCUUCUAAUAACAUAAUGAUGAUCCUUGUCAUUUUAAGACUACAUUUAUAUAACAUAAUGUCUUUACUCCAAUUACAUUAUGACUUCAUUCUAGCAACAUCAUGACAUUAAACUACUUUAAAGCCCAUAAGAGUUUUUUUAAUCAUUUGUUCAAGAAACAGACCGAAAUUAAUGGUCUCCAAAAGGAGACAAAAUUGAAAUGUUUUACAAUGUAAUUUUUAUCGUAUUCAAUGAGUGUGAGAGAGUAGGUGUCAGCUGAGCAGCUGAAGAAACAGCAGUCAAAAAUCAGCAGUAUGAAUUUUUUGAGAAUCGCUAAAUCGUGUGGAGGACAACAAAGGCAAAGACUGCUUUGUCCACAUGGGGCACCAAAUUUGACACAAAUCAAAUGUUUAGUAAAGGAGCUUUAAUCAAACAGUCGCUGUUGAUGACACUUAGCUGAUAAUGGCACUUAGCUGAAAAUGACAAAACUUGACUGAAUCAAUAUUAAUCCAGUUCACACCCUCUUAAUUUCGUGUGUCUGCAGUACCUAAACACAGUUAUUCCCUAUGAGAAGAAAGGCACCCCUCCAUCUGUUGAAGACCUGCAGAUGAUCACAAAAAGUAAGUAACCAGAAAGAACAUCCAAAACGAGAAAAGUGUGUACCCAGAGCUUAAAUGGUCUAUCGUCUCUUCACUUAGUUCUCCAUGCCAUGAAGGAGGACAGUGAGAAGGUGCCUACACUGCUAACUGACUACAUACUGACAGGUAAACACAACAAGCUCCAAAAUAUCCACUAAAACAGUCCAUUUAUCAUUCAUCAUACCAGAGCUGAAUUUUAUGAAUCGAUCAACACAUUCCUGGCUGAGAUUAGCUUUUAUACUACAGUGUAAUGUGCGUGGAAUAAUAAUGUGAUAAUAUGCCUUUUUUCUCAUUUUUGUGGUCGCUUUUUACCCCCAAUAUUGUUGUGUUUUUUCAGUGUUAAUAAUUUCAUCCAAAGUCCCUUACAACAACAGUUUAAUGUGCAAAAUUCAUGUUUUUUCUUUUAAUUGAUUCAAAUUUGUAUUUUUCAUUUCUUUGAUACAAUGGAAGUUGUCUGAGCUGUUUAACUGACAACAUUAAAUGACUAAACAGUUUCAGCAUUAUAUAUGUAGGCCAUCAGCUGACCUGCUUUCUCAUAACUGGUGUGGGCAUUGACCAUUGGAAAACUGAUCCCCUGACCCCGUAACAAUCACCUCACAAAAGGAAAAAUUUGACACUGUACUGAGAUUUCAUUUUUCCUCUCUGUAUCUUCUCUCCAGUCUUGUGUCCCACCUAAAGCUCCUUCAGGCUGGGGCCACAGAGUGACGGAAACUCCUCCUACCAUCCUACCACUCCCCCACCCCCUGCCUCCUGAGGCCCAAGCUGCAUGAUCUCCCUUCUUUUACCAUUAUCAACAUGGACCCUCACCAUCAACGUUAUUGUAUUCACCUCGACCUUUGACUACUGCCUUUUGCUGAGCUUUCCCGUUCCCUUCCUGCACAUUAAGCUCAGGCCAGAUGCAAAAUGGCUGCUGUCUGAAUUGUAAAGCCAGAUGGCCAAUCCUGCUUUUCAAGGACUUCACUAUUCUGAUACAGGGAUACAACCUUAUCACCGCUUUAUUUCCUUUAUUUUGUUACUUUUCUUAGUUUCUUUGGUCUAAUCUCAAUGUUGCUAUGUUUAACUUGUUUUUUUUGUUUUUUUUUCCACUGAAGUCUUUACCUCCAGGUUCUGAUCACGUUUUUCAUCAAAGACUACACUGUUAAAUCAAUAAGGACUCACCUGUGAUCAUAUCUGCGUAAAGGUUUAGAUCAUCUGAAUACAAAAGCCAUGCACCUUUCCUGCCAACUUAGUACUGUAGCUUCAUGAGGAUGAGAGGGGACACAAAAGUAUUACGGGUGCAGUACAGCGCUUUACUAUGCUCUUUCUCUUCUUUGUCUUUAUGUUGUCACUGUGGAAAACUUCAGUGCUUUUUUUACUUUCUUUGAAAUUAUUUUUUAAUUUAUAUCUGAAUAUUUGGUAUGACCUUUGUUGCUGAUUUUCUACUUUCAUUUAAAGUGUAAUCAGAGGGGCUGUUUUGAGUGCAGUCCACCCUGUUCAGCCUUCUGGAGGUGUUUCACUGAGUGUUAUUCAAAUAUACAAACCCCCCUCCAAUGAGAUGAGCUCAUGUCAAUAAAGGCAUGCAUAUUAGCAUAUUUAUGGUUUCUUUGCACCAUGUAGGUAAAUGUUACAUCACUAAUCGCAAAUUCUAAUAAACAUUCGGCCCUGAUGUUGA